AUGCAGAAUAUCAUAGGAGGUAGACCAGGGGUCACUACUGGAGCCAUUGUCCUCCUAGCUAUGAUACUCUUGGCACAAGGUAAGACUAUAAGCAGGCCUUCAUAAAUGGACAGUGAUUGUGAGAGCAGCGGUGUGUAAUGUGUGGUUUUUGUUAUGAAAUAAUAUCUUUAUAAGUGAUGUAUUCAAAAUUUUUGAACUUGCUAAUGGCAGAGCAGCAAGCUAUGGCUUAUGGAGAUAAAACACACUUAAAUGCACUGAGGGAGGCUAAUUCAAAAUGGUUUGCCAUUCAGUAAACAUCCUAGUUCUCUUUUGCUCUGGCUUUAAGAUGCAUGAGGAUUACAAAUCAGAGAGACUGAUCUUUAUAAAGAAAAUUUUCCAUAUAUAACCUUGGCCACAAAGAUAUACGUUCCAGUUUAAAAUAGUCAAGAUAUUUGAGUUGCUGUAUUAGUCUAGUAAUGUGGAUGCAAAAUGCUGAAGUAUUACUGUAGGUUUUAAUAUCUUUUUAUUGGGCUAACAGAACUACUGCAAUACUUCACUAUUUUGCAUUUAGUUCAAAAUGAAAGAAAAUGAGUUUCUUAGAUCAGGCUGUUUAUGUUUUCAAGUUUAUAUGUUAACUUAUUUUCUUGUUUUUUUCUUACUUUCUCUGCUUUUUUGCAUGCUGGAAUAUAAGAAAAUGUAAUUUUCCCAAUAAUUAUGAUUUAUUGAGCAGAGUGUUGGUUUAAACACUUUGAUGAAAGGGUAGAUUUACAAAGAAUGGACCUUUUGUUACACUUCAGUAAGUUAAUUUUAUAUAUAUAUAUAUAUAUAUAUAUAUAUAUAUAUAUUUAUUAAACAGCAUGUCUAACAAAGCCUGCAUCUUUAUCCUACAAGAUUACCAUAUCACUUUAAAGGAUCAGUACUUGUUUUUAUUACAAGAAGUACAAAUUAUGAAAAUGUAUAAAUUCUGACUGUGUAUCCAUAAUAUUUUUUUUUACAAUAAUCUCGCAUAGGCUUUGAUGCACCUGGUACAAUUAAUUGCACAGGAGGGAAGACAGAAGAUUUCCUUGAAGCGUUCAGACCAGUGUUCCUAAGGAAAGCAUUACGUCCUGUAAGGGACCUGAAAAAGCCAACUAUUGUCAAUAUUUCCAUCACUCUGUAUGCAAUCCUUGGUGUGGUAUGUAUUGUGUUCUAUAGAUUGUGAAUGUUAAACAUUAGAAUGAUAGCACAGUUUUUGACCAUUAUGUAUCUGAGUGCAACUAUUUUCUUUCCUGUCCCUGGUGCUGAGGAGAGAUAAGGUGUAGAACAGUGGUAGGCAACCUAUGGCACGUGUGCCAUGCACGGCACUCGAGGUGUCUUUGCACGGCACUCAAGGCUGCUAGAGCCAAACAGGCUCUGUCCUAUUAGGCGUGCCAGUGAAACUUCAGAUAUCUGCUUAUACAAAAAGGUGGUGAAGGACAAUCCUAAAUUUAUGCAUUGCAGCACAUAGAGGAAGUGAUCUCAGAUUCCACACUGUAGUAGAGCAGCCUGCAGCUGCCCUUGCAGCUUCUGUCCUUGACCUGUACCUGACCAGAUUGGACCCCAGGAAAGCCAGACAAACUGCUAGAUCUACAUAGAAAUGCAGAAUAACCCUCCCCUCAUACAAAUAACAUGAACAGCCCACAAACAAACACAGCACACAAUCCCCACAAACUCAACACCACUAACAAUCCACAUACAUGCACACAACACCACAUGCAGCCUCUCACAUGAAAUACCACAAGCAGCCACACACAUACACACUACCAAACACACAAUGUGACAUAUCCAUCCAGAAACACAAUUCCACAAGCAGCCCCCAUACACAGCCCACAUUUAUAGGUAUCACACACAACACCACAAACUACUUGUGAACAUAUACAAUAUAAUAUCUCAUUUACACACAAAUACAACAAUGCAAAGCAACUGCAGUAUAAAUAACACAAGCAGAAUAUGGCAACAUACACACCUCAAUUUAAAAAAAUAGGACCGGCACGCUACUGGACAUCACAAUCUUAUUUUGGCACAAUGCUGCUAAAAGGUUACCUACCCCUGGUGUAGGAUGUGCUACUGACUGUCUGAGUGGUUAUGAGUGGGCUAUAUGUAAAGCACUAGGAGCUCGAUUUUACUAAAAAGAUGUAUGAUAUGAAACAAGAUGGUACUUAAAGUUCACAUCCAGUAGCAGAUGCCCUUUUACAUUCACCAUUCCUGAGCUUUCAACAGCUCAGUGUUGGAUAUCCCCCACCCAGCAGAUAUAGAAUGUACUUUAAAGGAGCACUAUAUUGUCAGAAACACAAACAUAUAUUUCUGACCUUAUAGUGUGAAAGCCACCAUUUAGCCCUCCUGGCCCUCUCUUGCCUCCCUCAAUAUAGUAAAAUCUUACUUGUAUUUAAGCCUGAAGCUGCUGGCUCUGCCUCUGUCUGCCUCAGACGUGCAAGCUGACUGCUGACAUCAUCAGAAGUGUUGUUCUGAGCCAAUCACAGUGCUUCCCAUUUGGAUUGGCUGAGACUGUCAACUAGGCAGAUCAGGGGCAGAGCCAGCACAAGUCAAACACAGCCCUGGCCAAUCAGCAUCUCCUCAUAGAGAUGAAUUGAAUCAAUGCAUCUCUAUGAGAAAAGUUCAGUGUCUGCAUACAGAGGGUGGAUAUACUGAAUGUUGUGAUGCACACUAGGCAAGACUGAGAUAGGAAGCAGCUCUAGCAGCCAUCUAAGGAGUGGCCCAUGGAGUUAUCACUAGGCUGUAAUGUAAACACUGCAUUUUCUCUGAAAAGACACCAUUCUACAUAUGGUGAAGUCAGAAGAGGGCUGGCACCUUCUUGCUCCAUAUACUGCUGUCUACCAGGAAAUAUACUAGUGGUUCUGACCAGGGCUCAGAACACUUAUAUUGUGGCCCACCAGUCCAUGCUUAAUACAUACAGUGCUGGACUAGAAAACGUCCUGCACAAAUCGUUCCUUCUGUCUAACUCUAGCAGUACUAUGCUCACAGACAUCUGAACACAUAUCCUGCUACUUUAAUCCACAGAAAAAAAUGUUGUGAGGCUGCAGUCUACAAACCAUGUAUGUUAAUGCACAGAAGUAAUUUCUCCCCUGCUUCCCUUGCCAAACCUCUUAUGGGUGUUGUGUGGGUGAGUUUACCAUUGCAUUGUGGGUCCAGUCUCAUGAGCUUAAAUUGUGACAUUAGGUACAUUUAAUAACGUUACAUGUCACUAUUUACUUUAAAUUCUUGUGGAUCUAGUUUAUCAUAAUCUCCUAACUCCGGAGUAUGUCUGUGUGGUAUGAAUUAUCAGAGCUCUUUUUCUGCAGUUAACUGGGAAAGUCCCUUGAAUUAGUCACCCUUACUCUUUCAUCCACUGUAAACAUUUCCAAACAAUGUUUGUUAAAAUAAUGUUAAUUUAUUGUUUCAGAAUGAGAAAGAUCAACUGUUAACUUCGUUCUUAUGGCUCCGAAUGGUGAGUAAAAGCUAUUAUUAUCUAAAGUAGUUUUCGCCAACCGUAGCAAGUACCAGUUAUUUCCCAUCUUCAAAAUUCCCCUAUUAGCAACAAGCAAUUACCAGUUAAGCCUACCUAAAGUAAGAAUGUCUUAUUGAGCCAUAAUAAUUAAAGUGGGCCAGGAGACUGGACAUCUCCUUUGCUCCAUUUUCAUUACUCUUCACUCCACUGCCAAUGAAUUGAAUGAUGGGUUGGGGCCUUAUUCAGUAUUAUUAUGAUCUAUGUGACCCAACAAUUUUUAUAAUGUAUUUAUUAAUUUAUUCUACUGUGUCUUUCCAUGCCCCAGCAGAGAGCAGUGUAUUGUGCAGCUCUUUACUGAAACACUGAAAGGGUUCACUUUGUUCCAGGCUGGGUAAUCGCUAUGCUGUAAUCGGUUGCGGCAGUGGAUACUAAUGUUAGGCUGUUAAAAAAAAAAAGAGCAACAAGAUUGGAAACUUGUUGAUAAUUUGUAGUCACUAUUAUCUACUGGUUACAGCAGAUAUUUACCGACAAGGGCCUCAGUUUUCUUAUAUCAGCAGAAAAUAAAUAUAAACUUUUUAGGGCUGAUACUUUUAUUGAUUCUUAACUGGAUUUGUUACCAGUUGAAAUUCGAGCAGCCCAACCUGAUAAAUUUUCUGUGUAAAUUGGUUGGCUGCCUGAAAAAAAAUCCUCUGAUAAAUGUGCUUCGGAAGCACAUCUAUCGGAACUUCAAUCUUCUCACCAAAGUCUUGAGAUAAGCCUGUCAGAGCAGUCUUAUUGGCUGAUGUACAAGCCAUUCAAUCAGAGCAUUCUGAAUAGGAAUGUAUAGUGUGGGAAAACCCUUUUCCCUCUGUGCAAGCUCAGUCUACGUGGAGAUCUCAAUGGACCAACAUGGGUUUAUUUUGUAGGCAUUGUUUUAUUUUUUUGCAGUUGGUUUUGUGCGAUUGGGUCUUUUAUUUUUAUUUGGCCUGGAUUUUUAUUUGACCCUUUUAGGGCUGAGGAAAACAAGUUUUAGGAAGAGAGAAGACAUCAAUUUAGUUAUUUUAUUGAGUCCCCCUCUCUAUUAUUAGGGUAAGGGGGUAGGCAGGGUAUUUUUAUUGGGGGAUGGCUAGGGACUUCAAGCCACCCAGGGUAACCUUGGACAAUUUUGGGCAUUGGACAAUGGCAUGUACAACCCCUUGUUUAUUUAACAAUAGCAGCCCCCCACUCAAUGCCCAAAGGUGUGGGCUGGGGAGCCCUUUACGUUCCCCCACUUAUUACUAAUUUAAUAGCAACUGCCUACCGACAAGGGAGUAGAAAAGUUUGUAAUAUACAGACCCCCUCCAAAUACAGGGCAUAAUCCUAACAUUAGAACUAUUACCACGAAUGAAGGAGACAAGUGGAAGGACCCCCUAUAUAAAUAAUAGUAAAAUAUAAACUUUAUUGAGAUGAUUUUACUAUACAGCCAAGUUUUCCUUUAUUUGGGGAAAUAUUUCCAAAUGAAUCACCAAAGCCUAAAUUUUCUAUGUAAAAUAUAGUCUUCAGAUUCAAUAUUUUUCUGCUUCCAGUAAGCAUUAAAUGGCAGUAAUGAAAUCAAUCCAAACUAUUAAAUAGAUUAUUUGGUAGCAAAUACAUGUGAUCAAUGGGAAUUUAAUUGAGUACAAGGUUGGAAACGAGCCCCAAGAAGGCAAUAUAGAAGUAAAACAGGCUCUUUAACAACCAAUAACUUUUCAGUGUUGCUUUUAACACAACCUGCAUUUUUGUAUAAUCUAUGACUUUGUUCAAAAAUAAGAGUUAUAUCCCUGGUGUGAUAUCACCCUUUGUUUAAGACAUUAUAAAAUGGAUACUAUAGGCAACCAGACCACAUCAUCUCUUUGAUGUGCUCUGGAGCAGUGUCGCUUACCUCCUUACCUCUUAACUCUGCAAUGUAAACCAUGCUCAGCGUCUUGAAAAUUACCAUAACAAAGCAUAGAUUGCCACGCAUGCAGAUUAGGUUUCUCCAUUGCCCCAACAGAGGGGGAGGAGGAGAAAGAACCAGCGCUAAGGGAACUGAAAAGAGGUAAGUGUUUAAUGUUUUUUUUAACCAUUUAAACACGGGGGAAGGAGGAGGCAUUGCAGAAAGAUACUAUGGAGUUAGAAACACAGGUUUGUAUUCCUAUCGCUAUAGUGUUCCUUUAAUUAUUUGUGUCUUAUGUUUUGCUGCUGCCUGACAGUAUCAGCAGUUUAAUGAAAAGUCUGUUUUAUUUAUUGUAGGUAUGGCAUAAUGAAUUUGCAGAAUGGGAUCCCUUACUAUGUGGUGGCAUAGAGAACAUAUCAGUUCCUGCUGAGGAGAUGUGGAUUCCAGAUAUCUUUGUUCACCAGUUGUAAGUAUCACAAGAAUUAAUAUAAGUCUUGUCUAGUAGGUUAUGACACAAGCCAUGUUUGUACCUAAGAAGAAGGAACCUCAAUACCUCUAUAGACCCACUUUCACUUUGUUGUAUAUUUCAGCUUCUGCAUACUGCCUCCUUGAUAAGAAUCCCUUAUAAAAGGUGCCACUACAUGUCUGGACACUUUUUUUUUUUUACUAUAUUAACUAGGCAUAUGUUAGCUGAUCUUCCCCCAUUUGCUUGCACACCCACAGCUAGAAGACAUAAAAAGCUUCUUCCAAAACGUUUGUAGCAACUGAAUUAAAGGAACACUAUAGUGUCAACAAUACAAAUGUGUAUUUCUGACCCUAUAGUGCUAAAAUCCAUUUUAAGCUCCUGGCUUCCCCCUUUUAACAAUAAUAAAAUCUUACCAGCACAGCAUGGGUCUGACAGCACUGGCUCCGCUCCCGCUCUGUCACCUUGGCUAAGAUCAUAAAAAUUGAUGAUCUCAGCCAAUCCAAUGCCUUCCCAUAGGAAAGCAUGUGGAGGCUAAUGCGCAUACACGGCAAAAUGGCACGCUGCGCCAUUCGGCAUCUCCUCAUAGAGAUGCAUUGAAUCAAUGCAUCUCUAUGAGGAAUAUUAAGCGCCUCAAUGCAGAGCGUGGAGUCUGUGAACGUCAGUGCUGCACAUUGUACAGCACUGACACAGGAAGCACCUCUAUUGACCUCUAAAAAGGCAGUUUUUACAGCAAAAAACCUGCAGUGCCAAACUAUACUCACCAGAACAACUUCAUUAAGCUGUAGCUGUUCUGAUGACUAUAGUGUCCCUUUAAUAAAUUAUAAGUGAUAAGGACACACAUAUAAAAGUUACUUCAAACAUCCUUACCUGCUGUGGUCAUAGCUGGAUUUACUUGCUGCCUCAAGGCCAGUUUCCUCAAUGCACCCCCUUUUAUUCACCACACAAUUCACCAUUGUAUUAACCACAAUUCCACAAAGGCAGAAUAUACCCUUUCCUUAUCCAUUGUCCACGAUAUUACAGAUAGCUUUCUUUUUACCACAUUUUAAUUUUCCACUUAAUGCCUAACAUUUAACUUUUGGGUAAACGAGGAAAGUGAGUACUUUUGAAGGAGAGUAAUUCUAUUGAGAUGUUGGCUCCAGAAUAUGUGUAGCUGUAAAUCUGCCCUUUUAUCAUGAGACUGGAAUACGAAACUGAGAUUUGUAAGUAAUUUGUAUAUGGCUACAGAGUCUAUAGCAGAGCCGCCAUUAUCGUUCUCUCCAAAUGGCCCUUCCUUUUUCAGCUUAUGGAAUGAACAUAUUGAAUUCUCAGACUAAGAUGAAUAUAUAUUCAUCUGUACAUAAUGGAAAUAGUGAUGUAAAGUGUUUGUGCUUUUAUCAAACACUCCCAACAAGUCCAAAUUCCAGUUAGACUAAAAUAUGCAAUUUUAAGGGUUCUGUGCGAAAGCAACUCUUUAUUCUCAGUUCUGCCCAUGCCUAUCUGCAUUUAAUUUCAGAAUAUAAAAUAUUAAACAGGACAUCAUAACAUAUUAGUAGUUAUUUAAUAUAGUUAUUGAAGUUGAUGUCUCCAGUAUUUUUAUCUAUGGAUAAGUGGAAUGUAAAUUCUGCCACAAGCUCUAUUAUCAUUAUAAUGCUUUCCUGUAUUUUUUGUUGUUCUAAACUUACUGUGCACCUUCCCACCAAUACUGCCCUAUCCAGUCAUUAUUCGCACACUUAAAAUUUCUCUUUUUUACCCUUCUUUAUGACUUCUUGUAGUUAGUCUCUAUGUAUUACUAGGCUGUUUUGGUUUUCUUAUAGUGUGGAUGAAGACAAAUCCCCACAUCUGCCCUAUCUCCUGGUGGAUCAUACUGGGCAGGUGCGAUACCUGAAACCAUUGAGGGUGGUAAGCUCCUGCAAUCUCAGCAUCUUUCGCUUUCCUUUUGACAUUCAGAAUUGCUCCCUCACCUUUGGCUCUUUUUUGGACUCAGGUAUGUUUUGACACAAAUUAAACAAUUAAAAUAGGACUGUAAUUAUUGCAGCAUUUAUUGAUCCUUAGAGUUCACUUCUACAUGUUUUAUGCCUCAUAGGUUCUCCAGGGACAAAGUGUUGUCUUCUAAGCUUUCAAACAUUCAUUAUUUCUUGAAGAGUGCAGAAAGCAACAAGGUGGAGUGGUAUCUUCAGAAGAAUACCUAGGUUACUUGGCACCCAGGACAUAUAUGUUUGUGCCCCCUGUAGUUUAAACCCACUUAUCCAUAUGUGUAUAUAUUCUGACCCAUCUUGUAUGUUUCUCCUAAUCCACCCUUUAAACAGUAUGUGUCUCUUUUCACUUUUAUUUUUGUGUCUCUCAACCCACAUUACUUCUUGCGUAUCUCUUAACUCCCCCCACUUACCUCUUGUCUGUUUCUGACCACAACAUUUAAACCACUGUCAGGUAACUGAUGACACAAUAUUGCCAUUCUGUGGCCUCAUUCACCAAAAUCUGGCAGCAAUGGGAAGCUUACAAGAGAAUAUAAUAAGAAAGAAGGAAAAAUGACUCCAACUAUAAAUAGUUAGGACUCGAUUCUGUCCUGUUGUAGUUUUUUUUAUAGUUCCCAAGAAUGCAUUAUACUUGUUCUGUUGAUAUUUCCAGAUCUGAUCUUGGGUACUAUUGACUACUCUCCUUUCUGUAACCCCUGACUCUGCUUUGAUUCCUCAAUAUUUCUUAUUUGUGGUUUCCCUUGACUGACUUGUCUCAGACUAUUCCAGACUAUUCUCAGUCCUAGCCACCCUAAGGACCAGUAUAUAUUAUUUAUUGUAUCUCAGGAUACACUCUGCAUGAUAGGUCUUACUAUAGCCUUUUGGACCCUGCAUGGAUCAUCACAUGGACCAGUUUGCUCAUACAUUGCUGAAUUGUUCAGCAACCCUGCAAUCUGAGGGACAAACUUCUCCAGCCACUAAUACAUUGGUUGGGUUAGAAACAUGCGCCUCUCAAACUUAAUCUUAUGUGACUUAACCUAUACGUUAUGUUGGAGAUCCCUAUCCUACUGACAGAGCCAAGAUGGGUUUAAUUUUUACUCUAUUGAUUGAUAAUGCUUUAGUGUGGGCUAAUCCUUUAUGGAAGAAUGAUAGUCCUUUGCUAUAUAGCUAUGUGGCAUUUGUGGAUACAUUUAGGAGAACCUUUGAUGCCCCUGGUAGAAAGGCUAAUGUAGAAAGAUCCCUUCUAAGCUUAAACCAAGUGUGCAGGGAUUCAUAUAUGGUUUUAAAAAUGUUUUUUUUGUAAUUCUUGAUGAGGUAGUCACUAGGGAUCUCCAAGAGAACUUAGAUAAUUUUAUCUCAUACUUAUACUCAUACUUACAAAAUACAUGUUUAUUUUCCUAACACUAUAAUGUUUCUUUAAAAAUUCUAAAUUUUGUCGUUCAUGGUAAAAGUAUCAAGGAGGUCAGCAUUUCUUUGUUAUUUUUAUUUGUGGAACAAUGUUCCAUUUUAGAAGUUCUCUUUGAAUCCUAUCAGAAUAGAAUUUUGUAAUUUUAAAGCCAUUUUCUCCAGAACUGGACGCGAUAUUCUGUUGUCCACUUACACUAAACCUGCAUAAGAUCUGUUUUACUUCCCAUACUGUGCCCAGGGCCACUAUUAGUGGUGAUGGCCAACUCAGCAGUAUAGUAAAAACCAGCAAGUGUGAACUUUGGGUGUGUUCAUAUAAUUAUGUUAAGUUGUACCUAAAUAUCUGAAUUCAGCCUCCAGAGGGACGUAGAUUGCCCAACUCCAGGCAUACUUUUAUCAUAUGUUGCAGUGAGUGCUUCUUGAUUUCCUUCCUUCUAGUGCGUUCCCAUUCAACCCUAUAGCAUGUACCUGUAAUAUAGAAUAUUAAUUCCUCUCUACUCUUAUUUGAGGUUGUUCCAUACGUUUUAUCUAUGUCCUUCUCACAGUGCAGCACAUUAAACUUGGUCUGCUAAUGCCAACUGACAUCAUUGAGAAAUUCGCUAGGAAUGCACGGACCUCACAGGGUGAAUGGGAACUUGUUAAAAUUGAAAGCCUAUUUGCUGAUGAAACAAUGGAUCUAGUGACAUUUAAUGUAAGUACAUGCAGUAUUAAAGCACAGAGCUAUCCUCAAUGUUAAGAAGUAAGAUCUAUGAACUCCUACACAGAAAAUAAUUAGGGCUUAUAAAAAUCUGAUGUAUCAGUUGUAUAUUGUUUCCCUUAGAUUAUUGUGAAGCGCCGCCCUACUCUAUAUGUGGUGAAUUUGCUGAUUCCUAGCGCUUUUCUGAUGUUGAUUGAUGUUUUAAGUUUUAACCUUCCGCCACAUACUGUGGACAGAGCGUCUUUCAAAAUGACCCUGCUGCUGGGAUACACUGUCUUCCUGCUUAUUCUCAAUGACCUGCUUCCAGCCACUGCCAGCGGGACUCCUCUAAUAGGUGAGGUCAUGCCACCAGGGAACUCACAGUAACCACAGAAACUGUGUGUUUGUACAUUACAUCUAUACUCUAUUAGAUCUAUUUAGCAAUUUACAGGUUAUGGUAGGAGGGAUAUACACAAUAAGUUCUAUGAUUUACAAUGCAAAGUCAUUUAUUAGUAUAAGAAGUCACUGUAACCAACAUAGGGGAAGGUUUCUGAACUACACACUAUGCCAAACAUCAAAAAUCAAAAGCAAAUAUACAAAAACAUGGGAUUAUUCUGCAUGGCAAAAAAAUAGAGGCAGCUCAGUAAUGCAUAAAAAAUAAAAAAGAACAAAUACAAAGGCAUUCUUACAUUUUUUUUAGCAUAUAUUUUAGUGUGGAUAUAUAUUUCUUCAAAAGAAUAACACUCUAACACAGGCUAAUGAAAAAUGCCUACAGUGUUUUUAACAGGCAGGACAGUUUAGCUCUGUAUUUAAGCAUGCAUGGGCACACCUGGCACACUUCUUAUGCAUGCGCAUAGUAUGGAUUAUAAGGGGGUAAGAUUCCCAAUCACAUAUGCCUUAUACAUUAGCAGGGGAAAGCUAGAACUAGUUUAUCAAACAACAUUCUUAGAACCCUGCUCACAACCUUCUAUUUAAAAAAUAAAUUGAUAAAAACCACAUAUAAGUAUGUAAUUCACUAUCAGAGCCAGAUUAAAGGUACACUAUAGGCACCCAGAUCACUUCACACUAAAUCCACUACACACAUUGCAUCCAUUAUAUAAACUGCAUCCACGACACACACACCACAUCCACUACACACACACACACACUGCAUCCACUUUGCACAAGCUGCCUUCACUAUACAAACAUACUGCAUUCAGUACACACACUCUGUAUUUACUCUACACACACUGCAUCCUUGUGGAUGAACUCGGGGACUGUGGACGAAAUGAGGGGGUGGGCCCUGUGGAUGUAUUCAGGAUGGGCCCCAGGGGCCCAGACAUUAAGCUGUGUAAGGGGCACCAACAUUUCUAAUGCAGCCAUACAUGUACAUGUACAUUAGAUUCUCCCUGAUUGCUGGAGAAAAAUAUUACUGACUUUGAAUUGGUUUGGAUACACUUGGAGCAUUCACCAUUUUAAUUUAUUCAACUUUAUUUUCACUAAUACAUUAUUUGGAUGACUUGUUAUUUUCUGACUACACUAGUGUCUUAUGUCUUGAACCUUCUUUUUCUUCAAUAAAAUGAAAGUAUUAAAACAUGCUGGACAUAAAAUAAAGGUUAUGGUCAUAAUACAAGUUGACCUUGGCACCUUAAUUCCUGAGGCACAUGUAAUGGUGUAUCUCUUUGAGAUGAUAUGUACUAGAGCAGAUUAUGUUGCUUAAGAUCACACUUAAUAAUGGUUUUUAUACACAGCUGACUAUUUUGUUUAGCACUCUUAUCUUUCUCUCGAUCUCUCUCUUGUUCUCCCUUUCGUGCAGGAAUUUAUUUCUCGCUUUGUCUGGCUUUGUUGGUUAUUGGACUUUUAGAAACAGUCUUUGUGAUGAAUAUUUUGCACAGGGGAUCCUCACAAUGCCCAGGGGUGCCCAUCUGGGCUCGUACUUUAGUCUUGAAUUACCUUGCUAGGUUGGUGUGUUACAAGAAAGUAGAACAAUUUGAACCUGAAUCCCUGAACAAUUCCUUAACCUCUGAAUCAGCAUUUCAUGGUAUGUAGUGAGCACACAUCAAUUAUCAUUAGACAACGAGACAAAUUGAAAAAACGUUUAUGUAUUCCAAAGAUGUUGUUACACUGAGUAAAAAGACAUAAAUUUGCAGAACUCAUUAAUAUCUGAUUGCAUAAUGUUGAAUUAGCAUCUCCGUGGAACACCUCUAAAUAGUUUUUAGCAGCAGUGAGCAUCCAUUUCAACAGCUCGUGCUAUAAGAAAAUAUUUAUAAAUUGAAUUAAUGGUAUUUUAUUUUGUAGUAGAACAGGAAUCACGGUCAAGAUAGUUACUACUGUCAUUCACAAACAUAUUACGGGACUACAACAAUCUACCAUUUCUAAUAUCAGCUACCGGGUGUUGUUUGGAUACCAAUGUUGAUGAGAUCCUAAACUUUGUAACCCUAUGAGAAAAACAUUUCCCUCAGCAGGUCAUGGGGUCUAGGCUGUAUACUAAAAAUAACAUUGCACAUACAAUGCAAUGUACAUGUAACAUUAAUUUUAUCCCAGGGAGUAGGUACAAACCAUAAUCCAAGACUUGCGUUUUGCAAAAUCCAAGAUUGGGAACUUUGUACUAGGUUCAUGGCUUAGAAGUAGGAAAGGCAGGCAUUAUAGAAAAUGUAACAAAGGUGGAAAUGGCAGGCAAAAAAAAAGAUUUGCUUACAGUCUGGGUGAUACAGGAAAAUCUUAAACAAAAUCACUAAUGUGGGACAUAACAUUUGCCAUACCAGCAAGUUCUUUCUAGCAUAACUAUGUGUUUGAAUUGCUAAUAUUCUUCUACACAGGGAAGAAUGUCAGUGUGCAGCUCACAUGUGUAGAAAUGAGCCAGGGGGAUGUUCAGACGCACCUAUUUCUAAGAAAUAUCAGCAGUGACCUGCACUCAAUGAGAAGGCUGAUGGAAGGUUACUUUGAACAACAAGAGAUUGCUGAAGAAUGGCUGCGCAUUGGGUUAAUCUUGGAUGCUGUGGUGUACCGGAUGUAUUUGAUCUUUAUGAUGGUAUAUGCUGUGGUACUUGGUGCUACAUGGGGAACAUGGUACAAUGUAUAGAAAACCAACAUCACUGCAAUUAGUGGACAUAGAACAUGUUGAUUUAUAAUCAUACAUAGUGCCUUAUUGUACUGAGAUUUUUUUAAAUUUAUUAUUUUAAGACACACUGGCAAAUGAGAAAUUGUGAUGCAUGGUUCCUGGUGAAACACUCUCUAAAUUGGGGGGAAAAGAGGUGAGGGAUGGGUGAGGUCUGACUAUCCUAUUGCAAAGACGUCCAACUGAACUCCUUUAAUUCAAUCUACAAAAUACCAUUUCAUUAUUCAUCAAAGCACUCCCGCAUUGCUGAUCCACCAGAUUGUCAUUUAUGGUUAUCCAACGAUCAGUUUGAACAUACUCAAUUGACUCUAUUUGUGGGCUGAGUAAGGCAUUGCCAUUGUAUGUGGCAUAGCUACAGAUAUGAGGCGAGAGAAGUGGCCAUUCUCUUGUCACAGCCAUUAUUGAGCUAAUAAAGGGCCCCAGCGCACACACCUUUGGUCAGUGAUGUUUAUUCUGGACUUGAGGUUUCUCCUGCAAACUGAUGCCAAACCCAAAACGGCUAGUGCCACAAGCAAUGUGACGACCCAGAGGCAAGUGUGGCAUCCUCUACAGGUCUUACCUGUAUGCAGCCUUUCUUCAUGGCAGAUCUGUACCAAGGCACAGGUUGCUGACUAUGACAUCCUCAUCUUCCAACGAGGUUACAGGGAAAUAUAUUUGUUUUUCCAUGACUAUGAUUUUAUUUUGUAUAGCGGUUCUCUUUGUGAUCUGAUUUUAUCUCUUUAGCUUUCAUAUAUUCUGGUGUUAAAAUGUGCAGAUGCAUCUCUACAAUGGCAUUUGUACUGCUGUAAUCAGUUUUUUUACAACAUUUAUCCUACCGAGGUCUAUUUACAUUUUUGUACAUGCAUAAAUAUAUAAAUAAGUAUAGAAAUAAAAAGGGGGAAAAAGGAAAUAGGAGUAUGCAAUAUUAAAAUAUCUGGAUGUGCAAAAACUUCAGAAAGGAUGCUACUGGUCCUUUUAAUUCCUCUUGAUAUUUGUUAUUGUGAUGCACCAAAACCCGUUGAUCAGUAUUUUAACAGGAACAACUGAAUCACUUGCAGAAAUAUGCUAUAAGCUAAACUUGUGACUGCCAGGUUUAUCGCAAAAGGGCUAGCACCUAUAGGUGUGCAUAAGUACAUGUUUCCAGUAACAUUUUCCUUACAAACAAACUUGAUUUGAUUUUAAUGAAUAAAAAUUAAAAGGUUUAUUGUUUUUACAUGAAUAUAAUGUGAUUUGUACCUAAUGUUCGAAUGUUUGGCGUCUUUUGCAAGUGAUGUUAUUGUUCAAGGGAAAUAAAAUAGUGAAUUGGGUCUUGAACUAAACUUAUUUGAGGGGUCUGUAGCCAAGUCAUCUUGUCUCAUUGGGGCCACAGAUCCAAAUCCCCAGAUGCACGCAUACAGAUCUUUAUUACCGGAUACACUCGUUUGCGCACCUACAGAUCUGUAUUAUCAGAUACACACACAUUUAUAUAAAUACAACUGCAGCACUACCAGCACAGUUCUGCAUUAAUCCCAACUUCAAGCAUUAUACCUACACUUGCUGCAUUAAGCACACAUCCAGGGUUAGAGCUGACAUUAGGCGAAGGAGUGGCUCACAGGAAGUACCCUACAGCCAACAUGGGCUUUUAGGGAGAUCUCACUAGCCAGCCUUGCAUGAUUACUCCUCUAGUAUUUAAGUUGUUUUGUCCAUUAUUUUUGUUCAUGUAUUCUAAUUACAGUGCCUUGCAAAAGUAUUCACCCCCCUUGGCAUUUUUCGUGUUAUGUUUCCUCACAACUGGGAAUUAACAUGGAUUGUUUGAGGAUUUGCAUCAUUUAAUUUACAGAACAUGCCCACAACUUUGAAGAUGUUUUUUUUAAUUUAUUAUUGUGAAGCAAACAACAAAGAGGACAAAAUAACAGAAAAGGCCAAUGUGCAUAACUAUUCACCCCCCCCUAAAGUCAAUACUUUGUAGAGCCACCUUUUGCGGCAAUCACAGCUCCAAGUCGCUUUGGAUAAGUCUCUAUGAGAUUGCCACAUCUUACCACUGGGAUUUUUGCCCAUUCCUCCUUGCAAAACUGCUCCAGCUCCUUCAGGUUGGAUGGUUUGCACUUGUGAACAGGAAUCUUUAAGUCUGAAAACAGAUUUUAAAUUGGAUUGAGGUCUGGGCUUUGACUAGGCCAUUCCAACACAUUUACAUGUUUCCCCUUAAACCACUCAAGUGUUGCUUUAGCAGUGUGUUUGGGGUUAUUGUCCUGGAAGGUGAACCUCCGUCCUAGCCUCAAAUCACACACACAGAGUGGUACAGAUUUUGCUCAAGAAUAUCCCUGUAUUUAGCACCAUUCAUCUUUCCCUCAACUCUGCCAGUUUCCCAGUCCCAGCUGCUGAAAAACAUCCCCACAGCAUGAUGCUGCCACCACCAUGUUUCACUGUGGGGAUGGUGUUCUUUGGGUGAUGUGAUGUGUUGGGUUUGCACCAGACAUUGCGUUUUCUUUGAUGGCCGAAAAGUUCAAUUUUAGUCUCAUCAGACCAGAGGACCUUCCUCCAUACAUUUUGUGAGUCUCCUACAUGGAGCGUACGGCUUAUUGUCGUCCUAUGUACAGAUACUCCAGUCUCUGCUGUGGAACUCUGCAGUUUCUCCGGGCAAGGAGGGCCUCUCUGAUUGAUGCCCUCCUUGCCCGGUCCGUGAGUUUUGGUGGGUGACUGUCUCUUGACAGGUUUGCUGUUGUGCCAUGUUCUUUCCAUUUGGUUAUGAUAGAUUUGAUGGUGCUCUUGGGGAUCAUCAAAGAUUUGGAUAUUUUUUUAUAACCUAACCCUGACUUGUACUUCUCAACAACAUUGUCCAUUACUUGUUUGGAGAGUUCCUUGGUCUUCAUGGCAGUGUUUGGUUAGUGGUGCCUCUUGCUUAGGUGUUGCAGCCUCUGGGGCCUUUUAACCCCUUCAGACCGGAGGGCGUACUAUUACGCCCUAUUUUAGGCGGCUCUAAACGCUGCCAGGCGUAAUAGUACGCCCUCCGGUCUUUCUUUACUUACCCGGUUGCCGGCGAUCCCACGCCGGUGAUCGCGGUUGGGGGGACUCCCAGGGAGCCCCCGGCGGCACGUCCGACCCCCUGGCAGCCCCCCCGGCCAUGUGAGAGUGAGGUCCUUGCGAGGACCUCACAAUCACAUGGCCGGCAUAGCUGCCUGCUGUAUUGCCAGCAGGGGGGCUGCCUGUAAUGACAGGUGGUCCCCCUGCUGGCUGGAAAUAAAAUUAAAUAAAAUUUUAAAAAGUUAAAAAGUGUAAAAAAAAAUAAAUAUAUAUAUAUAUAUAUAUAUAUAUAUAUAUAUAUAUAUAUAUAUAUAUAUAUAUAUAUAUAUACUUAGAUCAUAUAUAUAUGAUCUAAGUAUAUAUAUAUACACAUAUACAUACACACACACACACACACUGUCUAGGUGUAUUUUACUAUUAAUAUAUAUAUAUAUAAUUAUAUAUAUAUAUAUUAAUAUCAAAUUACACGUAGACUGAUAUUGAUUAAAUAUAUAAUUAUUGUUAUAUAUAUAUUUAGAUAUAAUAAAAAAAAUUAAAUAUGUAAAUAUGUUACUAAAUAAAAUUAAAAAAAUAAUUUAAAAAAUAAUAAUUAAAAAAUAUAUAGAUGUGUGUUAUUUCGUUCUAACUGUAUUGUGAUAUUAAUAUAUAUAUAUUUAUAUCAAAAUACACGUAGAACGAAAAAAUAUAUAUAUCUAUAUACAUAAAUAUAUACGUAUAUAUCACUAUAUAUAUACCUAUAUAUAAAUAAAAAUAUUUUUUUAAAAUUAUAUAUAUAUAUAUAUAUAUAUAUAUAUUCACAUACGUAUAUAUAUAUAUAUACAUAUAUUAAUUCUACAUAUAUAUUUAUGUAAUAUUUUUACAUAAUUAGGUAUCUUAAUUAAUUGCAAUUAUUUUUUUCACAUUAAAAUUCGCCAGAUUGGUUACGUUGCCUUUGAGACCCUAUGGUAGCCCAAGAAUGAAAAGUACCCCUAUGAUGGCAUACCAUUUGCAAUAGUAGACAACCCAAGGUAUUGCAAACGGGGUAUGUCCAGUCUUUUUUAGUAGCCACUUAGUCACAAACACUGGCCAAAAUUGGCUUUUUUUGCAUUUUUCACACACAAACAAAUACUAACGCUAACUUUGGCCAAUGUUUGUGACCAAAUGGCUACUAAAAAGACUGGACAUACCCCAUUUGCAAUACCUUGGGUUGUCUACUAUUGCAAAUGAUAUGCCAUUAUGGGUGUAAAUAUCAUUCCUGGGGUACUAUAAAGUCCCAAAGGCAACGUAACCAAUCUGGCGAAUUUCAAAUGUAACGUGCUAUAUUUGACCUUGUAACUUCCCAAAACGCCAUAAAACCUGUACAUAGGGGGUACUGUUUUACACGUGAGACUUUGCUGAAUACAAAUAUAUGUAAGCAAACAGUAUUAUGACAUUGACUGUUAAAAUGUCAUGUAGAACUAAGAAAAUAAAAAAUAAAAAAUCUUAUUUUCUCCCAUUUUCUCAUAUUAAAUUAUGUUUCAUAGCUAAAUAUUUGAUAUUAAAUGAAAGCCCUGUUUCCCCUGAACAAAAUGAUAUAUAAUAAGGGUGGGUGCAUUUACUAUGAAAGAGGUGAAUUACGGUUGGACAGACAUGUAGCGCAAAUGCCAGGUUUUGUUUACAUUUUGUUUCGUUCACAACAUGUACAUUUGGCUCAGUCCUUAAUGGGUUAAAAAAGGUGUGUAUGUGUAAGUACUAAUGACAGAUCAUGUGACACUUAGAUUUCACACAGGUGGACAUCAUUUCACUAAUUAUGUGUUUUUCUGAAGGUAACUGGUUGCACCAGAGCUUUUUAUGGGCUUCAUAACAAAGAGGGUGAAUACAUACGCACAUGCCAAUUUUCUGUUUUCUAUUUCUAAAAAAAUAGUUUUAUGUAUAUAUUUUUCUCAUUUCACCAGCUUAUACUAUUGUGUUCUGAUCCAUCACAUAAAAUUCAGAUUAAAAAUAAACAUUAAAUUAAGGCUGUAAUGUAACAAAAUAAAAAGUCAAGGGGGGUGAAUACUUUUGCAAGGCACUGUAUAUAAGGGGUUAUCACUACUAGUUAAAAAUAAUGAACUAGUAGUUUAAAAAAAAAAAAAAAAGACCUAUUAUCUAUUUCAUGAUUAUGCAAUCAGUAUGUCUCUAAGUAAAGAAUAUCAUACAAACCAAAAUUGACAACAUUCCAUGGCAUCCCAGUGCAGGAUCUUCACGAUUUCACUUAUUCUGUAUUGAAACUUUUAUGGCAUUGGUGCAAAUUCACUGGUUUAUAUCAGGGUUCCAGCCAGCUUCUGCUCAUUAGACUUCAUGCCACUCUACUGGCAACACCAACGUGGAUGGAGAUUUGUUACUAAACAUUAAGUUAGAAGAGGAUAGUGAUUUAAUCCUAAACAUUGACAAGGUUAUUCACUUAAAUGAGAAUACAAAGUGAAUUUCAAAUUGAAAGCCAAAGUACUCAAACUGGUUCCAGUUCAGCCAUUUUUAUGCUAAAUUUGAAAUUCUCUUUGAAUUCUCACUUUAGUGAAUAACUCUGUUAGAGUUCUAUAGACUCUUCAACCUAUCGUUCCUAUAAGUUUUCUUGCAAUUGUUCUAUUUAUAGUUAAAUCCCCCCUAUUAUAAUAUUGUAAAGCGCUACAGAAUCUGUUGGCACUAUAUAAAUGGUAAUAAUAAUACUAAUAAUAGAGGACAAAUCUAACAAGAAGCUUGCUAAACCAGAUCAAGUCACAGACAUGACAGAAUUAGAAUUAUCAGUCGGUUAAAACAGAUACAAGUUCUGUGGUCUCAAAACAACAUUGUUUUGUGGAGUCAUUGUGAAAGGUUACCUGCAUGUAUAGAGCAUCAAUCUGUGACAAGUGCAACUCUGCAUCAUUUUCACCGCACUCACAGUUGUAAUGCGUCCAGCCUUCUCCCCAACUGCAUCUUUUAAAAAAAAAAAAAAAUAAGGCACUUUUCAAGCCUUUUUGCCAUCACUCGCUGUAAUGGCUUGGUAUUCGGCACCUGAGCUUGUGUUAGCAAUUAGCUGGUAUUUUUCAUUUUUCUCUCUAAGAAUGAAACCCAGCAACUUUAAAAUCUGGUAAUAAGCCUGUAACGGAUCCCCUAUAUUCCGCUUGAGUAAAUCGGCUGUAGUUCUCCCAAAUCCCAAGUGAAGCGGUGAUUAUAGCUCUGGUAUACCCAAACAUCAGCCUAGACUUGAUUAAGGGUACAAGAAGGCUGACUUUAUUAUGGCCAGAUGGCCCACUUAUAUACACAGCAAGGAUACAGUAAAACACGCCCAGAACACUCUCACAACACGCCCAUGAAUUUCUGAGUCAGAAUGACUAAGCACAAAACAGAAAAAUGGCCAAAAACAUUAUACAAAUAUAUAAUAACCCCACAAAAAUAACAUCCUUAAAUAGCCCUGAUCUGAGCACCCAAGUUCUCCAAAUAGCACUCAGAUCCAUGCAGUCAGGGCCAUUUUUAACGCAGGGUAAAAGGGACAGCUGCCCCAAGCCCAGCUACUCUGGGAGGCCCCAAGGCAGCUGCCCCAUGGCCCCACUGCCCUCAACAAUUUUUUUUCCUCGUCUUCUAAGCAGUGCCACUGGGCGGCCCAUGCACUUAGGGCCACCCAGUGGGCUUGUAUCAGCAGGGGCACUGUGACCCUUUAACAGCGCGACCGGGCCCCUUGGUUUUUGGCAGUAUGGGAGGAAAUGACAGCCGCGAGUCACUUCCUUCCAUAAAGAGAGGAGCUGCACGGGAGGGGGCAGGAGGAGAUACGCAGGAGGGAGGAGGCGACAGCAGUGGCAGUGAGGAUGGAGGCUCCUCACUCCCAUCGGCCUCAGGCACCACAUUGGACCCCAGGGAAGCCACCCUCCAGGAAAAGGUAGGCAACUGGAGGGUGGGUUUAAAAAUUUAAUUUUACAUGUAUGUUAGUAUAUGUGUGUGUGUGUGUGUCUGUCUGUCUGUGUCUGUCAGUAUAUCUCUGUGUGUGUGUCAGUAUGUCUGGCAGUGUAUGUAUUUGUGUGUCAGUAUGUCUGUGUGUGUCAGUAUGUCUGUGUGUGUCAGUAUUUCUGCCAGUGUAUGUGUGUGUCAAUAUGUCUAUCAGUGUAUGUGCCUUAUAAUGGCCUUGCAAUGUGUGUGCUAGUGUGCCUGUGUGUGUGUUAGAGUGUGUGUCUGUGUGUGUCAGUACGUCUGUGUGUGUGUCAGUAUGUCUGUGUGUGUCAGAAUAUCUGUGUGUGUGUGUGUGUCAGUAUGUCUUUGUCAGUAUAUCUGUGUGUGUGUGUGUCAGUAUGUCUUAGUCAGUAUAUCUGCGUGUGUGUGUUAGUAUGUCUGACAGUGUAUGUAUUUGUGUGUCAGUAUGUCUGUGUGUGUGUCAGUGUAUGUGUCAGUAUGUCUUUCAGUGUAUGCAUCUGUGUGCCAGUAUUUCUGCCAGUGUAUGUGUCUGUGUAUGUGUGUCCGUUUGUCAGUGUAUGUGCCCAGGGGUCUAGUCCUGGAAAUACAAAAAUAAAAAAUUUAGUGCAUAUAGUGCAGUGUGUGUAUUGAAUGUAGUGUGUUUGUAGUGAAUGCAGAGUAUGAAUAAUGAAUAUAGUGUGUUUAUAGUGAGUGCAGUGUGUAUAAUAAAUGUAGUGUGUUUAGUGAGUGCAGAGUGUGUAUAAUAAAUGUAGUGUGUUUGUAGUGAGUGCAGAUUGUGUAUAAUAAAUGUAGUGUGUAGUGAGUGCAGAUUGUGUAUAAUAAAUGUAGUGUGUUUGUAGUGAGUGCAGAGUGUGUAUAGUGAAUGUAGUGUGUAUAAUGAAUGUAGUGUGUUUGUAGUAAGUGCAGAGUGUGUAUAAAGAAUGUAGUGUGUGUGCUGGAUGAUGUGUUGUGUGUGUGCUGGAUGGUGUGUGUGUUGGAUGAUGUGUGUGGGCUAGAUGGUGUGUGUGUGUGCUGGAUGAUGUGUGUGUGUGUGCGUGUUGGAUGGUGUGUGUAUGCUGGAUUGUGUGUGUGUGUGCUGGAUGGUGUGUAUGUGUGUGUGUGCUGGAUGGUGUGUAUGUGUGUGUGCACUGGAUGAUGUGUGUGUGUGUGUGCCCUGGAUGAUGUGUGUGUGUGUGUGUGCUGGAUGAUGUGUGUGUGUGUGUGCGCGCUGGAUGAUGUGUGCGCGUGCGCUGGAUGGUGUGUGUGUGUGUGUGCUGGAUGGUGUGUGUGUGCGCUGGAUGGUGUGUGUGCGCUGGAUGAUGUGUGUGUGCACUGAAUGAUGUGUGUGUGUGUGUGUGUGCGCUGGAUGUUGUGUGUGUGUGUGCUGGAUGGUGUGUGUGUGCACUGGAUGAUGUGUGUGUGCAUGCUGGAUGAUGUGUGUGUGCAUGCUGGAUGAUGUGUGUGUGCUGAAUGAUAGGGCAUUUUUUUUAACUUCAUGUGUCUAUAUAUUUUUAUUUUAUUCCCCCCUCCCUGCUUCUUUCCUUGUCAGGGAGGGGGGGAGAUCGCCUGGUGGUCCGGUGGAGGGAGCCAGCCGCUGCACACAGGAGCCAUCACACGCUGUGUUCCCUCUCCAGCUCUAACGCUCGCGAGACUCGCCUGUGCGGAGUGUUGCCAUGGUAACCCGUGGCAACGCUCUGACAGCCGAGGGUCUGACGACAGUUAGAGCUGGAGAGGGAACACAGCGUGUGAUGGCCCCUGUGUGCAGGUAGCAGGGCAGGUCCUGCAGGACUGCUAACGGGAACGGCGUUCCUACUUUGAAAAAAGUGCAGGAACGCCGUUCCCAUGCGUUCCUGCAGGACUCGAGCCCUGUAUGUGCCUGUGUGUGUCAGUAUGUCUGUAUAUGUGCCUGUGUGUGUGUCAGUAUGUCUGUCAGUGUGUGUCAGUACAUCUACCAGUGUAUGUGCCUGUGUAUGUCAGUACAUCUACAGUGUAUUGUGGGGAUAUUUAUGGGAUGAUAAUAUUAAACAGUCGAGAAUUGCCCACUAUUUCAAUUCUCUUAGAUCUUAGAGAUCGUUAUCAUGUAAGUGAAAUGUAUUCCAUACAAAUAAAAUCACAAUUUGUUAUAAAAAUAGAUAUAAUUUAUUGUGACUAAUAAUAAUAAUAUUAGGCAGCAUGCAUGAUAUUAAUCAGUGAAUAUUUAGUAUAACAUAAAUAUACAAUGGCAAUGGCUAAACACAGUACAAAGAAAGCAAAACUUCACACAGCCCAGCAAAACCUUGGCUAACAGUUAAAUCAACUGAGUAACCCUUUCAAUGCUGGCUAGAUCCUCCUAGGCACAUAAUAUCCUAUUCUCGUGUUAUUUUCAAUUAAAAUAACAUUCAAACCAGCUCAUUAAUCAUUUCCUGUAACCGUCCAAUAAGAAUAAUCUACCAGAUUCUAUAAACCGAAUUUUAAUUUGCCUAAAAAGACAUGUUAUCUUAUUUAGAGCAAAUCAAUACACCUGGAUAAAAACAACGGUAUGCUAACACGUGAUACUAUCACAUUAAUAUAUAAUUAUUCUUAAUUCCACCUGCGGAAUGGAAUGUUUAUAACUAUAUAUUCUUUAGUUAACUAAGAUUUCUAAAUAUUGAAAUCUGACCGUGAUUUAUCCAGUCAUAUAUCAUGCUAUUAGAUUUUAAUUAAUUUAGAUUAAUUAAAUAAAACCAGCAUAAUUAUCAGUUAUGUAGGUAUUCUCAUCAGAUGAGUAGGUAGUCCCAGGAACUUGCGAGUAUGAUUGGUUGUAUGGAGGUGCGUGAGUAAUAGAGAAAAGUGAUGUUGGUUAGAAAGUAUCAGUAAAAUUCUAAGUGUCAAGGAGUGUUUCUUGAGUUGUGUCCAAGAGAGUUUGAGAGUUGAGUGUUAGUCCCAGAGUGUCCUGGAUCUCUCUGCAUGUCCCAAUCUGAAUGCCCCAAAACUCCACCAACUACCCUCUCUUCCCUUUGUCCUAACUUUUAAAGGGCCAGACUCUCUGUACGUCAUUAGUUAAUAAGGCCAAUAGGAAACUGAAGGUGUGUUCAACCUUCAGAUCGCAACUUAGGUAUUUGAUCCAUAGAGGGCAGUCUCACCUUACUAAACCUUUCUAUCCAGGAAAGAGUUAACUUUUCCUGAUGACGUUUUUGACGUCAUUUGGCUUAUCUAAAAUGACUACCAUAACUUAAAUUUGCUGUCAGUUCAAAGCGUUUGUCUCAGUCUUUGUGGCAACUACUUUGAUCGUAAUUUCUAAAAUUGACAGUUCUAAACUCAAUUUCACCCCUUACUUACAAUGGGACCUUGUAAAAUUUAGAAAGUAAAAUUAAUUACUUAGUCUUCUCUGUCACUAGUGUCUGUGCUUAGAAUUAUUUCUAUUCCAUUAACAUUUAGACAGGGCCUUCUAUCCCCCUGCUUCAUUGCUUAUCACUUGUUUAUAUAAUGCAUUCCUUAGCUCAGGCUCAGUGGUUAGUGAAAGCAAGGAAAUGAUGUGUCUUUGUUAUCCUGAAGAUAGCAAAAUGGAGUCUGCUCUGUUCUGAGUGACUCUAGCAAUAUACACUUUUAAUUUCUAUUUUAGAGCAAAAUGUCUGCCGAUAUAAAUAUCCUGACAGUAUGUGCCUGUGUGUGUCAGUAGGUCUGUCAGUGUAUGUGCCUGUGUAUUUGUAUGUGUCUGUGUACCUGUAUGUUGUCAGUGUGUGUAUCUGUGUGUUUAUCUGCAUGUGUGUCAGUGUCAAACUUUAACAUUACAUACAAACACACUCCUGCAUUGAAACGUCAACACUACAUACAAACACACCUAUGAGUUGAAAAACCAAAAUUAUAUAUAAACAAAUUCCUACAUUCAAAAACCAACACUAUACAUAAAUGCACACUUGCAUUUAAACUUCAACACCACAUACAAACGCUUUCACACAAACAUACUCCAUACAAACACAUGCUUAUAUUCAAACACACAAACACGGCUCAGUUCUAAAUACAACCCUGCAGACAUAGGAAAUUGGUAGAGCCCCAGCUGUCAAAGCAUUGUUGAGUUGCACGAAAGAUAGGGUUCUACCUUUUGUCCAACCUUGCAAUUGCGGGGCCCAAUAAAAUUAUUUUCUCCCGGGCUCUUUCUACUUUAGUUCCGCCACUGCGUUGGGGUGGAUUCAGUGAUUGCAUGCCAGGGAGUGCAGGGGGAGGCAUGGUCCAGGGGGCCCAAACAAAUGCUUGCUCAGGGUCCAAUCAUUAUUAAAGAUGCAGUGUAGGGGAAACGCCACCGUGUCAAAGUUCUGACCGGCCGCACACAUGGUCCUAUGCCCCAAACAGUUCCAGGGCGCUUGGUGCUUUGUCCGGUAAACUUUCGGAGCUCGGGUGAUCCGCCUGGGUCUCGGGCAGCGUUUGUUCCCCUUAGUCACAGACACCUUCCCUCCAAAAAGCGUUCUCCUGGUGGAUUUCAAAGUCGUUCAAAACCCCGGACCAAGUUGUCCGGGAGCCCCACGGUCACCUCAUGCCGAAAACAGUUCCAUAACAUUCGCAGCUAAGUCCCGCUGAGGUGACCGGGAGCCCACAAAGUUCUCAUGCCAAAUUUAGUUCCAUAACUAUCGUGGCUAAAGACCGCUGAGAACAAUUUGUGUGUUUCCUUAUGUGGCGAAACCAACCUCGCCACUGUACACUGGAGAAGCCUGGUUGCUCGCCUGCUCCCUUUAGACUAUGGUCCUGCAUUUUAAACUUUUAUUUUACCGGCAGAAAGGUUUAUUCGUGCCUUUCUGCGGACUGUUAAAGUCAUGCUACCCCAGAUAGAGCCCAGCCGUAUACUGAAAGACUGUAUGAAAGACUUUGGCUCCAUGGCGAUUGAACUGUAUGUAUGUAAUCUGAGCGCCAUUCGGUAGUAAUGUGCACUCAGAUCUAAGCUAUCUGGGGAUAUGUAGAAUGUCUAUGUUUUAUGGAAUAAAUGUAACUGUAUGUAAUUUUAUGUCUUUUAUUGUCCUUUGUCUGCCAUGUGGUUAAUGGAGUUUUGCCUCUGUCCUUGGAGAUAAUUUGAUUACUUCACAAUUAUCUCCUGGACAGAGAGGAGGGAUUGUGAUGUAAUUGUGGGUGUGUUUUACGGUUCCCCUGUAACGAUUGGUUGUACUGUGUCCCACCCUGUGGGAUGUCCCCUUGCAUGGGGACUUGCAUAAAAGCCAGUGUGUGGCCAUUACAGAGAGUUCCUGCUUAACCCUCAAAGUGAAGUGUCGUCUCAUUAUUGGGGGAGGAUUUACUGUAUGCUGUUAGAGACUGAUUACCAGGAGUGUAAGCCGCUUGGGGGCUUUUCCUGUUAGUCUGCUAGCAGCUAUUCUUGUGUCUCCAGUUCGGGAGUUUCGAGUAUUCCCUUGGUUGCAGUUCGGGAGUUGGUGAAUUCGUGGGUUUGCAGUUCAGGAGAUUGGUGCUUGCAGUAGCUGUCAGUGCAGCUGAAAAAGGGGAAUAUCGCCUAAACGGUUUUUAACCUCUUUUGGGCAAAACGGUCCGUUACACCUUAUGCGAACGGCUGCCAGGGAGCUAAUGUUCGCUUCUAUUUGAAUGAAAGGAAUGUGCAGAAUCAGAGCACCCAGGGAAAGAUUUAACUCCUGAACAGGGUCUUUGUAUGUGGCCCAUAGUCCUUGGGCAGGAGGCUAGCUAGCAGGCUCCUCCAGGAGUUUGUGACAAAUGUCCAGGGUAAGGAGCGUUUGUCACAAAGCCUAUCUUUCCAUCUUUAUCCUUUGGUGAGAUACUGACGUAUACCUUGCUGAAUUCCAUCCCUACCUAGACAGGAUGAGUCAGAGGUGAAAUGGAGUGACAGGAAGACCCUGAGUGCAGGGCUUUGUCACUACCGAUACAAUUGAUGGUUCUUGUCAUGUGUGUUCACAUUAGGAUUGGGUUUACUCUAUGGUUUUGUCUCUUUAAGAAAGGCUAACUCCAUUUUUCCCUUUUAAUUUGCUGGGCUAUUUAAAUAACUCAUUGCCUAUUAGCAGGUUUACUGUUAGUGUGUCUCCAGAGGCCUAUUAUCUCUUGCUAGCUGUAUGUGUUAUCUUUGAAUGAUUGCCUCUCCAGGUAACAUCAUCAGCUAUCUGUUGCCACAUCUUCUACUUGAAUUGAGAAUCCACAUAAUUGAUAUAAUUUAGAUUUAGUGACCUUGCUACUUUGGACUAACGUCAAUUCUGGUUUUGCCUUUGAUAUGCAUAUCUCCAAGUGUCCCUAUUUAGGAAGUAUGGUCCCUAGUUUAGGCCCAAAUUCAUCAGUCGCUCUUUUCUAUCCUAAUGGCACUCUUUUCUAGGAGCUCUAUAUUGUUGGUGUGUAAGAGUGUAUAACAGAGCUCUACAGUAAAGUGUAAGUAAAAAAAUAAAUGUUUUUAGAAAUCAGUCUGUGUAAAUAACACAUAAUCCAACACAUAAUAAUAGUAUACAAAAUUAUCAUAAGGUAUUUCAAGUUACUAAUUAUAAACUAAAAUAGAUAUAGGUAAAUAUAUACUCAUGGUAACAUCAUCAGCCAACCAGUAUAUUAAUUGUAUCCAGUAAUCCAAUUUACAAAAACAAUAUACUAUAUACAGUAAACUAAAUACCAGUCACCUGAAAUACCUGUCACCUGGAAAAUAAAAAUAAAAAAAAGAGAUGGGAGAAGAGUAGAAGAGUCAAACUAAUACCAAAAUAAAAAUGCCCCCCAACAUUUCAGCCCAAGGCCUUUAUCAAGGGAGGAUGGUGAACACAACAUCAGCUGACCUAUGGUGGUGUAUUUACCCAGGAGCCUGAGAACUUGAGCUGACAAAUGAUGAAAGUAGAUGGUAAUAAACUUGAUGAUUAUCAUGGGCAACUGUCAAGGUGUGUAUACCCAAACCCAGGAAAAACAUGUCACAUGCAAAGGUAUUACCAGUCCAGAAAGGCAGGAAAAUAGAGUAAACUGAGACAAGCCAAAGUCAAAGGACACAAAAGUAUAAAGAGUUGCCAGGCUUAAAGGAUCACUAUAGUAUCAGGAAAACAAACUUGUUUUCCUGACACUAUAUAACCCUUAGGUCCACCCCCACCCUCAGAGCCCUCCUCCCGCUGGGCUGAAGGGGAGCUGCUUACUUUAAUCCAGCACCGGGCUCCCUCGGCGCUGGUGACCUCUCCUCCCACUCCAACGUCAGCUCCCGAGUGGAGCGGAAUGCGCAUGCGCGGCCAGAGACGCGCGCGCAUUAAAAAUGCCCAUAGGAAAGCAUUUCUCAAUGCUUUCCUAUGGACGUUCUGCACGCUGAAUGCGAUUUUUGCAUUCAGCGUCGCAGAAGCGCCUCUAGCGACUGUCAGGAACUGCUAUGUUUACAUCUAUAGGGUUAAAACCUGGGGGACCUGGCACCCAGACCAGCAGCUGAAGUGGUUUGGGUGACUAUAGUGGUCCUUUAACAGUAGCGAAUAGUCAGAAACAGCAUAAACAAGAAAACUAGAUUAAGGGUAAGCAACAGAGCAAUCAUAUUCAGUGGAAUAACAAGCUAAGGUCAAUAACAAAAUAUCAGGAUAAGCAAGAAACGCACUAUUGCAUCAAGAAAAACCACAACAAGGCACCUUUGCUUUAAGCAAAUGGGGUUAAAAUACCCAAAUGUUUAUUCCUGUUGGUUUGUUUCAUUCUUGGGUGCCAGAACAUAAAUAAAAAAACACAGCGCGGUAGUACAGGCAUGUUGGGCGCCUCCAUUAUGACAUAUGAAUUAUACAACCCUUUGGCCUUAUAAGGUUCUGUACAGGCAAACUGUGCAGCUUCGAAACUGAUGCCAGAAAGAUACGCGAGCCCUGUAUGGAGACUGACUUAGCAUAUAUCAUAGUCAAAUUAUGACGCUAGAACAUUCACAACUGAUGUCGCUAAAAUGACACAGCCUGCUGCAGCUCCAAAAACCACCAGGGAAUCAUCAUCAUAGCAAUCCUUCCUGAUCCAAGGUAGGAAGUAAAAGGUACAAAUUAUCAUUGUUUUUAAUAGAUAUUAUACGUUUUUGGUUAGAAUGGACAUACCGCACACAUCCACUCACACAUUAUUUAACAGCUGCCCACACACAUUACACAGAACCACAACUAUUAUACACAGCAACUUACACACAGACACUACACAAUCACACACACCCAUCCCACAAAAUAUUCUUUAACAGACAUUAGAGAUACAGCUGGUAUGAAAAAGUUCGGAACUUGGAGGACUGCCUGACAACCCAGGUAGUCCCCCUGCAGGCAGUGCUGAGGUCUGCUAUUGCGACCAUGUGAUCGUAAUGUCAUCGCAAUCACAUGGCCCUGAAAGGCCGGAUUACCCACAGGGGGACUGCCUGGGUUGACAGGCAGUCCCCUCAAUUUAGAUUGCGGCAGCAUAAGGUAAGUAUAGUGGAGCAGGGUAGGCAGUCUGCAGGAUGUACCAAGCCACCCUGCAGUGUUAAAGCUAUUUUUUGCAGGCAGGCAUGGUACAAAUCUGUAAAUAGUAUCCUAGCGACUGUUUAGGUCACCCCCCCCGGCCCUCCAUGAGGGUUAAAAGUAAGUUUACUCAUCCUUUCUCUAUUACCACAUGCUCUCUCUGUGGCUUGCGCCACCUCUUGGCUAAAAUCAUCAAGGUUGAUGAGAUCAGCCAAUCCAGUACUUUAACAGAGGAAAGCAUUGAGAGGCAUUUAAACCCUGCAAUGUAAACACUGACAAUCAUGCAGAAUACCAAUGUUUUCUCUUGCAGUGUUAAAACUAGAGGGACAUGGCACACAGACAACUUAAUUAAGAUGUAGUGGUUUGGAUGCCCACGGUGUCUCUAGAAGGGGUACCUAUCCUGACAAAUAAAACUUAAUCUUACAUGAUAGGGAAUUGCAAUUCAUAUAUACAUAUGCAGUGUAUGCAGCAUUAAAUAAUUUAGAGAUCACACAAUAAGUGGUACAAACAUUCUCAUUGAAUGGUGCAAAGACUGUGGCAUUUAUUAAGGGCUUUAAUAAUCAUAAAUAACUAAAUAAAACAAUUACAAUUAUAUAUAUGUAAAAUACUUCACCAUAAAUGUACUCUACCACUUUAGCCAGUGAACCAUAAUAAACCUGACUGCCUUACGCCACAAAUAAACCAUAUGAUCCUCUAUACUGCAACCAAAGAGAACAUGCAUUUGUCAUAGUUGUGCUGCAAUCAAGACAAACAAAAUAUCGGUGAGACCUACACUAACUUUAACAUGGGAGACAAGCAUGCUAACCACAAUACUUACAGUUCACCUACAUUAGAUGCUCCCAAAGCUGCCUGGAGAAUGGUCUGGUGUGCCUAGCUACCUAACCUAGAGCUAACAAAUCAAUCAGCUGCAACUCUUGUAUAUGCUGCAAUUCCUGUGGUUUUUCAUUGCACCAGCAGAUUUCUCUGAAAGCAGAGAAUAAAAAAACAGCCUGUUUCCCCUUCUGUCACACAAUUCUGUGUAUGCUGUAUGCACAGAGAUUAUAAGUAUGUGCUCUGCAUGAGUCUGUCACAAGGGGAGCCCUCCUCUGGUGUGACUCCUACUUGUCUAAAGCGUUAAAGAAAGCAAUACCUGUAGAGGAAGGCGGAAGGAGCAGCAGGCUCUGUGUGAGAGCAACUGCAGCAUGGAGAGAAAUAGCCAGAAUGAUUUCUGCAGGGGUUUUGGAAAGGUAAUCUCAGAACAGAGAGAGAGAGAACAGAUAUGUUUUUAUUUACAUACCAUAAAGCCAAUAUAAAGUGUUGGGAACUUUUAACUUUUAUUGUUACAUUAUUACAUACAGGUACUGUUAGGGUGGCGGUCCGGUGACUGGGACCCAGACACUGUCUGCGCGGCGGUCAGACGACCAGGACCCAGUAUGCCUGAUGUUGAAAGUAGGAGUCACAGUGUGAAAUAGGAUAAGCAGGGUCUGGUGCAGGGUAACCGCACGCCCCCUGGUGUUGAGCACCAGCAUUUGUGCGCCACAUACCAGGACCCUUAUGCAGCUUCAGCGGAUCCCAGGAACUAGGAGCUAGGAAAUAAGCAGAUCUCCCAGGAGCUGAAUAGGGAGGCAUUGCAGCAGGAAUGUAUCCAGUACAGAAACAAAGCAAGGCUAGGAUAGGCACCAACUAUGAAAACAAUACAGAACUAGUAGAACCCAGAACAAGAGAAGGAUAGAAAGCAGAACCCAGAACAUGUACACAAUACAUAAGGGAAACAUUAACAGAAAAGAGGCAGGACAGGACAUGACUGUACAUGGACUGGGAAUACAAAAAAAAAACAAGACAAGAUAUAAUAGGCAAAACAAGAGGAGACAUAACUAAGUACUAAAUAUGUAAAACAUUGGAGAUUUAGACAUACAUAAAUGGCCAAGAUGUAUGCAGCCCACCAACUACUUCAAAGUCCUCCAAUUAAGGUGGGUCAUAUCUACCUAAAUAUGCAUGACCAAAUAAACAAUAAUAAAACACACACAGCACUUACCUGCAAGAAAGGGCAGAAGAUUUUAGCAACUGCCUGCAGGGUCCAACUCAAACAAAAGGAAUCAUGGAAAAGGAACAGGUGUGGCAACAUAAAACAAACAUAUAAAGGAAUCCUGGAGACUGGGAAUUCCAGGAACGGAAUACAGGAAUGAACCCAGAAACCCCAGCAUAAAGAAAACCAGACAUGGAAUAGAAAACCAGAAAAACCAAGAAAAACUAAACAAGAAUUGUAAAAAGAGUACUGGAUACCAGAAGCCAUUGCCAGAAUGAUCCGCAGCUAGGAACAGGAUGUGACAGGUACAUAGACUUAACACAGAUAUGUGUCUAUCAAGUUCAAUCUUUCUCACAUCUCUUUUUGUUGUUGAUUCAAAACAAGGCAAAAAAAUCCAGUUUAAUGCACUGUCCAAUUUUGAAACAAACUAGGAAAAAAAUCAUUCUUUAUCUCAGAAUGGCAUUCAUAUCUCUCCUCAAAUCAAGAAUCAGUUACCCCACAAAUUAAAAUUUAUAUCCAUGAAUAUGUUUUUGCAAGCAUUCAUUCAGUUGCAGUUUAAACAUCUGUACAGACUCUGAUAAAACCACCUAUUUAGGCAGAGAAUUCCACAUCCUUAUUGUCCUUGCCUUAAAACUUCUCUUUUUCCAGUCUAAAUGCGUAAUCUUGUGACCUAUGUAUAAUCCUGUUUCAGAAUAGAUUUCCAUUCAAGGGUUUGUAUUAACCCUGGAUAUAUUUGUAUAAUGCUAUCAUAUCUCCCAAGAUUUAGAUUUGUUAACCUUUCUUUAUAAUCAAAAUGUUUAAUUUAUUUUAUUAAUUUUGUGGGCUGCCUCUGCACUUUUUCUAGUGCUGUAAUAUCCUUUUGGUGCCCAAAAUUGCACAGCAUAUUGAAGGUGUGGUCUUACCAGUGAUUUAAUGCUCCUUUUUAUACAUGACAAUACCUUACUGGCCUUAGUAACUGCAGAUUGACAUUGCACAUUGUUGCCUAGUUUGUUGUCUAUAACAAUUCCCAAAUCCUUCUCUGUUAAUCUGUGCUUACCAAACAGGAAACACCCACUGAAAAUAUAAUUCAUACUUUCAGUAGGUGACAGGGGUAAUGAAAAUAAAGUAAAAUAUGAACUUUUACUCAUAUUAAGGGAAGAAACACUAUGAGUCAAGCAAGAUGGAUGGAAUACUUGCAAUUGUUAACCAUCAUGACAGGUUCACUUUAACCCCUUCCCGACCUUUGACAUGCAGGGUACGUCCGACAAAAAACGGCAGUUAAUGACCGCGGACGUACCUUGCACGCCUGCAGCUAAAAUGGCUGGGGUACUCACCUGGACCGGCGAUCCUGGUCCAGGGGGACUGCCCGAGUUCCCAGCGGUCCCCCUGCUGCAGCUACAUCCUCUCCGGCCCUCCAGGGCCAUGUGAUCACCACGAUCACAUGACCGCAAUGGAAGGCUAUGGAGCUGCCAGCAGGGGGACUGUCUGAGCGAUCAGGCAGUUCCCAGGCACACGGGCCAAAGUUAGCGUUUUUAUUUUAUUUUUUGCAUUUUUUUAAAACAAAAACUGCACUUUCACUGGUGAUAUCAUCGUCAUAACAAGUUUUACUGUUUUGAAACUCAUAUUUGUGUUCAGCGAAGUCUCCUGAGUAUAACAUCACCCCCCAUGUAUCCUCAAUGAAAAAAAAAAGGGAAAAACAAAUAAAAACGCUAACUUUGCCCAGCAUUCGUGACUAAGUGGCUACUACAAAAGACUGGACAUACCUAAUUUUGAAUACCCUGGGUUAUCUACAUUUGCAAAUGGUAUGCCAAUUCACAAUCUUGGGCUACCAUAUGGUCUCAAAAGGCAACAAAGACCCAGCAAACCAAUCUGACAAACUGACAUGUGCAAGCCCUAUAUUGACCCUGUAACUUUCCAAAACACCCUAAAACCUGUACAUGGGGGGGGUUACUGUUUUAUUCGGGAGACUUUGCUGAACACAAAUAUUACUGUUUCAAAACCAUAAAACAUAUCACACCGAUGAUAUUGUCAAUGAAAGUGAAUUUAUUUUUGCAUUUUUCACACACAAACAGCACUUUCACUGACAAUAUCAUUGUUGUGAUACAUUUUACUGUUUUGAAACACUCAUAUUUGUGUUCAGCAAAGUUUCCCCAGUAUAACAGUAUCCCCCAUGUACUUGUUUUAUAGUGUUUUUGAAAGUUACAGAGCCAAAUACAAUGCCCAUUUCAUUUUUUAUCAUAGAAAUUUGCCAAAUUGGUUAUGUUGCCUUUGAGACCGUAUGGUAGCCCAGUAAUAAGAAUUACCCCCAUGAUGGCAUUCCUUUUGCAAAAGUAGACAACCCAAGGUAUUGCAAGUAGGGUAUGUCCAGUUUUUUCUAGUGACCAUUUAGUCACAAAAACUGGCCAAAGUUCACACACAAACAAAUAUAAAUGUUAACUUUGGCUAGUGUUUGUGGCUAAGUGGCUACUACAAAAGACUGGACAUACCCCGUUUAAAAUACCCUGGGCCAGUGGCGUACUAAGGGGGGGGGAGGUCCGCCCCGGGUGCCACCAGGGUGGGGGGUGCCAUGACCAGGACCGCCUCCCCCCCCCCAUGCUGCAGCCGCCCGAGUGCUCUGUAGAGAGCCUCAGGCGGCUGCAGCUUUGCCCGGGCGGUACGUCCAUGAGGGCGCACCACCCAGGCGCAGCAUGAGGAGAGGGGCUGACAGGAGGGAAGCGUUCAGUGCUCCCUCCUGUCACUCCCUCUGUUGUAGCGUGGCCGAGCCCUCUAUUGGUCCGCGGGUACAGGGAGCAUCUGUCUCCUGUCUGUCUCCACACAAGCAAACAGCUGAUAAACUGGCCGCACGGAGGAAAAGUGGGGCGGAGCUAAUCAAAAUUGGGGCGGAGCCAAACUGGCACUGGGGGCGGGGCUUAAUAUGGCCCUCACCCACUGCUGUUAGGAGGUGCAGCAAGAUGGAAUCUCUGAUUCUCCACAGGCUUCAGAGAAGGACUUCAGGGAAUCCAGUCCUCCUCCAUCCCACUGUCUGUAAGUAAGAGUGUGUGUGUGUGUGUGUGUGUGAGACUGUCUGUGUGUAGUGAUGUCCUCAACGGUUCGCCGAACGGUUCGCCGCAGACGGCGAACAUAUGCGCUGUUCAGUCCGCCCUCUAUGUCAUCAUUGAGUAAACUUUGACCCUGUACCUCACAGUCAGCACACACAUUCCAGCCAAUCAGCAGCAGACCCUCCCUCCCAGACCCUCCCACCUCCUGGACAGCAUCCAUUUUACAUUCAUUGUGAAGCUGCAUUCUUAGUGAGCUGUUCAGGAGGUGAGAGGGUCUGGGAGGGAGGGUCUGCUGCUGAUUGGCUGGAAUGUGUCUGCUGACUGUGAAGUACAGGGUCAAAGUUUACUCAAUGAUGACGAAUAGGGGGCGGACCGAACAGCGCAUAUGUUCACCGUCUGCAGCGAAACGUUCGACAAACCGCUCGGAACAUCACUAUCUGUGUGUAACUGUCUGCCUGUAACUGUGUGUGGGCGUGUGACUGUCUGCCUGUAACUGAGUGUGUGACAGUCUGCCUGUAACUGAGUGUGUGACUGUCUGCCUGUAAAUGUGUGUGUGGGGCUGCAGGGAUUUUGUAGAAGGGGGCGGGGGUUUUGUAUUGGGACAGGAGUCUUUAUAAGGGGUAUAAGCAGGGGAUUUGUGGAACGGGGUUGCGGGGGGUUUGUAGACGGGACAGGACAGAGGUUUUGUAGGAGGGGCGGGGCGGGGCAGGACAAGGGUUUUGUAGGAGGGGAUGACAGCGGUUUUGCAAAGUUUACAAAUUGUAAAAAAAAAAAGAAAGAAAACAUUUAACAUUUUUUUUUUUCAAUUUGACAAUUUUUAUUGAGUUUUUGUUGUCAAGGGAUACAGAAGAUAAAAAAGGGGGCAGGUGGAAAGUUCACAUUGGUGUACAAUAAUAUCAACACAUUUGACAUUCCAUGACAUUUACACUGGCACUUACGCUCCUCCACUUCUAUAUAUAUAUAUAUAUUUUUAUUUUUUUUCCUUGUUCUUUGGCCCUUAUCCCGCAGGGACUCGAUCCCCCGCUUGCAAUCAGGAGGGAGGGGUGCAGGAGGGGGGAAGGACAAAGGGACCUGUGUAAGGGACUCGGAAAAGCCCUUGGCAAGCGACAUUCCAUGCUAUAGUUCUUGCCAUCUUGUGACAACCAAUGCUUAUUCCUCCCACCACCCCAGCCGUGACAAGGCCCUCCCAUUCUUGGGCCUGUCUUCGCCUUGUUGUCUGUUUCCCUUGUUGCUACUCCGUAUGGGCUCUUUUGGGUCUGUACAUGAUGUCUGUUACAGGCCUGUAUAGCGCCCCUUGUGGUCAACUUUAAACUGGUACCAACUAUAACUAUAUACAUGUGGGUUUCUAUUUGCACCGUUCGGUGUGGCUUGGCCCCUGUUAGAGCCUAUUUUGUUCUUCGACCUACUGGGUUGUCCCUCUCCGAGAACUUUUUUUUUUUUCCCUCUCUUUCUUUUCCUCCCUCUCUAUGUGAUUUGCUCCCCUUCCUUUUCCAUGCGCAUUGUCCAGUUCGCGUAUGCCAGAUUAGCAUAUUUGUUUGUAGGGUUUUGUCUGUUCAGUCCCCGUUCAUAGAGCAGAUUAGUGGUUAUCUGCCUGAUCAGAGCCUCCCUAGUGGGUGCGUGAGUCUGUUUCCAUGCCCUGGCUAUUAAUGUGUUUGCUGCAAUUAAGAUGUGAAAUAGAAUGCGGGAAUCUGUUUUGUUAAGCGUGUCUAGUCCCAUGAGCAGAAGUCCGCUCUCUGGUGUUAUGGUGAACUCCCUGUCCAGCGCUAGAUUUGUGAUUGUCUCCAGUAUUUGGUUAUAAUGGGGCAUUCCCACCAUAUAUGGUACAUCGUACCCUUGCUUUCCUGACAUCUCCAACAAGCCCCUGAGGCGUUUGGAUAAAUUUGUGCCAAUCUCUCCGGCACCAUGUACCAGCGAUAUUGGAUUUUGCGCAUCUGCUCUAAGUGAGCGGCGCAGUUCGUUCUUUUUUUGUGUGCUAAAAAUGCCUUCCCCCAUUGGUGGUCGGUGAAGGUCAUUCCUAUGUCUCUCUGCCACGCUGCCUUAAUCCCCUCUAAGGGGUCUUCUUGUGUUUGGAUCAACAUGUUAUAUAGGGUAGAGAGUAGCCUCUUGGGCUGUUUGGUAUCUGUGCACAGUUGUUCAAUAUGUUUUGCAAUGGGUGGUACCGUGCUAAUUAUGGAUCCUUGAAGCAUGGAUUUCAGCUGGAGAUAUUGGAAAAUGGUGUUGUGUGGUAGGUUGUAUUUGCGUUGUAUGUCCGGAAAGUCUAACAAUCUGCCGCUGUCGUAUAGGUUGCCCACCCUGGUGCAGUCCUGUCUUAUCCAAGGGCGGUAAUCGAAGGCCUUGUUUGCUAGGUGUAAGCAGUAUAGGGGGGCUGCCAGCGCCCACCCCUUGUUCUGCCCCCAUUGCUUCCUAGAGAUGUCCCAUAUGUUAAGUAGGAGUCGUGUCGUGGGUGGCACUACCUGGGUACCUCUCUCUGUUCUCGGGGUACCCAGAACAAAUAGCUCAGGCCCCAUGGGCAAGCCCAAUAGGUCUCCAUUUCCACCCACUGCGGCGUGUCCUCUUUGGCGUGUGUUUGUAUGACAGUAGCUAGGAUAGCCGCUCUGUAAUAUUGCUUAACGUCCGGCAUUCCCAACCCCCCGUUCGCUUGUGGUCUGCACAGCACUUUAGCUGCCACCCUUACUUUGCGGUGUGCCCAUAUGAAACCUGUGAAAAGCUUUUGGAGUUUUCCUAGGUAGGUUUUGGGUAUAUGUAUUUGUAAGGUUCUUAUUAAGUAUUGGAAUUUUGGUAACACUAUCAUCUUUACCGCGGCCAUAUCCUACCCAGCCACGACAGGAACUUCCUCUCCCAUUCUUUCAGUGUGUUUGCUAUACCUCUCAGUAGUGGGUCAUAAUUUGCCAUAAGCAAGUCUGUCGGAUUUUUUGUGAGUUUAAUCCCGAGAAAUGUGAUGUGGUCCCGUCUCCAGUCCAGUGAAAAUGAGUUUUGUAGAAGGUCCAUUAUAUCUGCCGGGAUUCCCACCCCCAUGGCUUGUGUUUUUGUAACAUUGAGCUUAUAGUAUGAAUAUUGCCCAUAUGUGGUGAUCUCUUUCAGUAGGUUGGGGAGGGAAAUCUGCGGCUGAGUAAGUGUCAGUAGGACGUCAUCCGCAAAUAGGCUGGUGGUAUAUUCGCGUGUAUUAAUCGUGACUCCGUGUAUAUUUGGGUUGUCCCUUAUGUUCAUCACUAAGGGUUCUAGGGCCAGGACAUACAACAGCGGCGAUAAGGGGCAUCCCUGUCUGGUACCGUUUGAUAACUUUAUUGGUUCCGAGAGGAACCCUGAGUUUAGCACCUGAGCCCGUGGGGAGCUAUACAGGGCUUCCACUACAGCUAUGAACCCUUCUGGUAUAUCAAAUUUUUGCAGUACUGCUCGCAGGAAUCCCCAAUGUAGGCGAUCGAAGGCCUUUUCUGCAUCUAAGGAGACCAACAGUCCCCCUUGUGUCUUUCUGCGGAGAUGGUGUACUAUGUUUAGCACUUUCCUCGUGUUAUCUGAUCCUUGCCUCCCUUUAACAAAUCCUACCUGAUCAUUCUGGAUAAUGUUCGGCAAGAUUGCUCCUAAGCGGAGUGCGUACGUUUUGGCCAGGAUUUUCGCGUCCGUGUUGAGAAGAGAUAUAGGCCUAAAGUUUUGCGGUACUGUGGGUGGUUUACCUGGUUUGGGCAAUGUGACGAUGUGUGCUGUUUUUUUUUAUAAAUAAAGUUUUUAUUAGCAGUUCAGACAAUAACAGAUAGCAGAGCUUAUAUUGUCAGUGAGACUCGCAGGUCUCCAAUUGCAUCUGACAUGAGUACCACCAGUUUUAGGUGGGUCUUUAUAGAGCUUUAUCGGAAGCGGAUGGCUGCCGGCCCACACCAGUGAGGGCAGAACAAUUCUAUAGUUGAACCUCAAUCAAAUGGUGAGUAGUGCGGUAGGUCCCAGGUCACGUCCUCUAACAUGGGGAGUGAGAAAGGGGUCGUUUGCGGGAUCGGGUCCUAUAGUCUUGCACCUGGUCUGGAACUCCCUUUCCUGUUGUCUUUUCUCUAACUUCGGCGGUGCCUAGGUAUGUUGCGGGUUCUCUCCUGGGUCAGCUACCCUCUCGUUCUGAGUCCGCGUCCCCUCCCCCGCCGCGAGGCGGUGCCAUCACGAUGGGAGGGGAGGAGCGCCCAUCAGUGUGGUCCGUUGUCUCUGUCGUUUUGCUUACUUGUGGGCGGUAAUCGUUGUCGUGCUCCAGUCGCUGUCCACAUUUGGUAUCUUUGGUGUGUCUGGAGUGUUUCCCCCCUUGGGUGGGGAUGGUGUGAUGUCUCAGUGCUCAGUUGUAUCAGUCAUCUAGUGUUGACUUAUGUUUGCUGUUUAUUGUAGGAGUUCCCACGUCGUGGGACCCCCCCCGAGUCUAUUGAGCGAUGUAUCGUUGGGCCCAUGUCCCAUGGGGAAAUCGUGGUGCCUUCUCGGACUCAGAUAUAUUGUGGCCCUGUUGCGCCAGCCGGUCCCCGACUUCGCCCGGGGAAAGAAAAAGGAGAGAGGGGGGAGAGAUAGGGAUGGGUGGAGUGUGUAAGGGUGGGAGAGCUGGAAGGUGUGGGGCAUAGUUAUGGUGUGGCAUGAGUCUAUCCUGACUCCCGAGUUAGUCUAUCAGGGCAGGUCCGGGUGAGGUGGGGGGGAGAGAGAGGUUGUGUUAAGAUGCGCGUAUUGGUCCAGCUGGCUAGGAUUCCUGUGGUGACCCAUCCCCUGUCCUUGUUUGUGACGUGUAUAGGUACCAUGGUGUCCACAUUUCAAGAUGUUUGUCCCUCCUUCCAAGUAUUUCAGCGUAUCUCGCUGUGUGGAUCUCUGCUAUUCUCUGCAGCCAUUCCGUUUUGGAAGGUGGCUGGGUUUGCUUCCAUCUCGCUGGGAUCAGCGCUUUGGCCGCAUUAAGCAGGUGUGGUAGGAUUGAGCGUUUGUAUUGUGCCAGCUGUCCCGUGGAGAAGUGUAGGAGCACAGCCUCUAUGCUAAAGUCUGGUGGGUCACCCAGAAUUGUAGUGAUUUCCCGGUUUACCUCUUCCCAGAAUGGCUUGAUCCCAGGGCAAUCCCACCAAAUGUGGCGUAGUGUGCCUGGCUGCGCUUCGCAUCUCCAGCAUGUAUCUGGAACCCCUGGGAAUAUCCUGUGUAGUUUUGCUGGUGUUCUGUACCACUGGGAGAUCAGCUUGUAGUUCACCUCUUGGUACCUGGUGCUUAUGGAGCUUUUGUGUUGUAAUAUGAGAAUUUGCGCCCAUUGGGCGUCUGUGAAGGUUCUGUCUGUCAAUUCCUCCCACUGCCUCUGGAAGGCGUUGUUUCUGGAAAGUUCCCCUGUGAGCAGUUGUUGGUAUAUGCCCGAUACUCUGCCAUCUGCCUCUGGAUAGCUCUCGCAGAGGUGUUCAAACCAGGUCCAUUCUCUGUGUACUGCUCCCCUAUUGGGCAGAUUGUGGUAGAAGUGUCUCAGCUGUGCGUAAUGGAAACGAUGCAUUAUCGUCAGACGAUCUGUGUCCGCUCAGUCUUGAAGGCUGCGCAGGCUGGCGUUUGUCAGGGCCGAACUCAGGGGUACAUAUCCCUCUGCUCCGUGUGUUGGCCACGCGUUCGCGUGUAGUCCCCCUCCUAUGGUUACGUUAUAUGUUAGGGGGAUCAGGGGGCUUGGCUGUGGCGAGAUGUGAGCUUCCCUUCGCAGGGUGGACCAGGUUUUCAGCGACUGCGUCACUGGGGACUCCGUACCCAGAGCUUGUGUAGCCCCUGUCGGGCGGUGCCAGAUGUAUGUGUGGAGUGCUCUGUUUGUGCUUUCCCUGUCCAGCCUCGUCCAUAGUUUGUUGGUGGGGGCCGUGUGCCAUUCUCAAAUUCUCUGGAGUACUGUCGCGUGGAAGUAUUUCCGAAAGUCCGGCAGGGCCAGGCCUCCCCAUGGUUUUGGCAAGCAUAGUCUGUCAUGUUUAAGCCGUGGCCUCCCCUCCUUCCAGACAUAUUUCGUUACCGCUUUUUUGAGCUUGGUGAAGAAGACCUGUGGCAGGUGCCAGGGGAUAGUGCUGAAGCAGUAGAGGAGGCGGGGGAGGAUAUUCAUUUUGACCACCGCUAUUCGGCCUUGCCAAGAGAUGUGAUCGUACGACCAUCUCGACAGGUCCGUCAGUACGUUGCGUAGGAGGGGUGUAUAGUUCCUAUCGUAUGUCUCGCCCGGGUCACGGCAGAGCCAAAUCCCUAGGUAGCGCAUCUGCUCCUUGCACCAGUGGAAAGGGAACUUGCGUUGGAGUCUCUCCUGCGUGUUCCUUUCGGUGUGUAUUGCCAGAAUUUCGCAUUUUGCUAGAUUUAGCUUGAGUCCUGAUAACUGCCCAUAUUACUUGAACUCCCGUAGGAGGGCCGGCAGUGUGCCCUGAGGUUCCGCGAUGAAGAAGAGCAUAUCAUCCACGUAUGCGGCCACCUUGUGUGUCUGAUCUUUCUGUUUGAAUCCCUGGAUCUCUGGUGUCCUUCUGAUCUUGUCUAGAAACGGCUCUAACGAGAGGGCGAAUAGGAGGGGGGACAGCGGGCAUCCCUGUCUGGUUCCGUUGUUGAUGUCAAAGUUGUCUGUAAGUGCUCCAUUUACCCGUACUCUGGCAAUUGGGUCGGUGUAUAGUGCCGUUAUCCAGGUGAGUAUGCCGUUCCCCAGACCCAUCACCGUCAGCGCUGCCGUCAUGAAGCUCCACCUUACCGGUCGAACGCCUUUUCUGCGUCCGUGGAGAGCAUAAGGAAGUCCGAUGUUCCCCUACGCGCCAGGCUUUGUAUGGUGAACGCCCGCAGGGUGCUAUCCCUGGCCUCUCUUCCCGGGAUGAACCCCGUCUGGUCUGGGUGGACUAGCCUUGGCAAGAAUUGUUGCAGUCGCGUAGCUAGCACCUUGGAGAAGAUCUUCACGUCCACAUUCAGUAGUGAUAUGGGUCGGUAAUUGCCGCAGAUUUCCGGGCUCUUACCGGGUUUGGGAAUCACUGUGAUUAUUGCUGCUAGGGAUUCUCUGUGAAAUUUACCCCCGUCUCGGAGGUGGUUGCAGGCGUUGGCGAUACGUGGGGCUAGGAUGUCUCUGAACUUUUUAUAAUAGCCCGCCGAGAACCCGUCCGGGCCCGGUGCCUUCCCAUUUUUUGUGGUUUUUAUCACUGCCAGUAUCUCGUCUGUAGAUAUCGGGGCGUCUAGGGCGUCUGCUUCCUGCUGGGAUAGGGCUUCAGGGUUGAAGUCUCUGAGGUAGCGUGCGAUGUCUCCUGCGGUUCUGGUCUCAUCCGCGUCCAGGGUUUCAGGCGGUAUGUUAUACAAGUCUUCGUAGUACGAGCGGAAUUCGUUUGCGAUCUCCUCAGGGAAUUGCGUAGUGGUGCCCCUGGCUGUUCGCAAUGCGCUCACCUGUGCGCUUGUUUGUUGGUUCCGCAACAUGCGGGCUAGUAGCUUUCCUCCCUUGUUGGCAUGGAUGUAGAAGAAGGCCUUCAAUCUCUGGAUCGACCUGUGGUGUUUGCGGGCUAUCAGGUCCAACAGUUGCCGUCUGAGGGUCAAAAGAGUGCGGUAAUGCUCCUCCUGUCGGGUCCUCUUGUGCAGCGUUUCCAGCGUUGCUAUCUGUUCCGCUAGUGCCGUCAUUUGUCGUUGUGCUUCUCUCUUUUUCUGCGCUGAUAUCCGGAUAAGUAGCCCCCUGAGGACGCUUUUGUGGGCCUCCCACAGAGUCAGUGCGGAGGUUUCUUCAGUGUCGUUUUCAGUGAAAUAGUUAUUCAGUUGUUCCACUAGUUGUGCCUGCGUCGGUACGUCGGAGAGGAGUAGUUCAUUUAAGCGCCAUACGGUCCGGGUAGGUCUGUAUAGGGGUGAUUCCAUGCGCAUGUAUACUGUGCUAUGGUCCGACCAUGGAGUGGGGCGGAUGUCUGCCUCCAGUAGUCUUUGCAGUCCUUCUUGUUGGAUAAAGAGGUAGACGAUGUGUGCUGUUAACAUUUCUGGGGGCAAGGUUUUGUGGAGAGUGGCUUGUGUAUAGGCUUUGACUAGGUAUGGUGCUAAAAUGCCACUGAACUUUUUGUAGUAUGUGUUAUCUAACCCAUCUGGUCCCGGUGCUUUGCCUGACGGGAGAGUCUUUAUUACAGCUAGAAGUUCCUCUUCACAUAGUGGUUUUAUAAGUUCUAAUUGUUGUUGGGUCGUAAGUCGGGGCAAGUGCGUGUGUCUCAGAUAUGCCUGUAUGUCUCUCUCUGUUGGUUGUGGGGCCGCUGGGUCUUGGUGUAGGUUAUAGAGUUUUGUAUAGUAGCGCGCAAACUCAUCGCUUAUGGCCUUUGGGGUAAUGAGUUUUGCUCCCGUUGGUGCAGUGAGGUACGCUAUCUUUUGCGCUGCCUGUUUCUCCCGAAGCCUGUUCGCUAGUAAUUUACUUGCCUUGUUACCUUGGGCGUAUUGAUUGAUUUUCAAUCGUUUGAGGUUGUGCUCCGUUUGUGCCAAGGCCUGCGUGUGCAGACUCCUGGUGAGUUGGAGUAUGCGUCUGCAUUUGUCGUCUGUGGGGGAGAGUUGGUUUUGUAGUGUUAUGUCAUGUAAUUCUUUUUGUAGCUCCAGUGUUUGCUUUUGGGCGUUCUUUUUGAGGUAUGAGGCCCUUCUAAUCAACAGUCCUCUCGCCACCGACUUGUGGGCAAUCCAGACCGUGGUGGAUGAGACGUCUGGUGUCUCAUUUUCUAUAAAGUAAUGCUGCAGUUGUGUAGAUAGGUCGGCCUCGAAUUGUGGGUCAUGGAGGAGAGAAUCGUUGACUCUCCAAGGGCUCCGAUAUUUAAAAUCAUAGAGGUCUUUCAUCUCCAGGAGCACCGGAACAUGAUCUGACCAUGUGAUUUGUGCUAUAGUACAUGCUAGGAUUUGGUCGAUGUGGGAGCCUUGGAGGAGAUACCCAGCUAUUCUAGAGUAGGAGUUGUGAACGUGUGAGAAAUACGUGAAUGCUUUUUCCGUGGGGUGCGUGAUUCUCCAUGUGUCGUAAAAAUGGUACUUAUGUAUUAGGGUCUGGAGGGCUUUGCUUUGUCGUCUAAGGGUUUGGUAUUUACUACUAGCACUUUUGAGGGUUGUUUCUAUGGUCGUGUCGAAGAUGUGGUUGAAAUCGCCACAGAUUAGUGUUAUGCCUUGUUGUAUUGGUGUCAGGAUUGUAAGUAUCUUGUGUAGGAAGUUUCUUUGAUUUUGGUUGGGCGCAUAUAUGUUUGCAAUUGUGUACGUCAUGUCGUUUAUCGUUCCCACUAUCACCACAUAUCUGCCCAUUGGGUCUAGGUUUUGCGAUUUUAGGGAGAAGGAGACAUUUUUGCUGAGCAGAAUAGAUGUUCCUUUUGCUUUAGUUGGGGAAGUAGAGUGGAAUUGGUGUGGAUAGUCUACCUCCAUAAUUUUUGGGUGGUCGUUUGCACGGAAAUGUGUCUCCUGUAGGCAGACAACGUCUACUUGGUGUUUCCUAAGUUCUCGGUUUAAUAAGUGUCUUUUUGCUGGGAUAUUCAAUCCCCUUACAUUAUGUGUGUAUAUCCUCAUAUAGGGUCUAACAUAAAGGGUUGUGCUGUGUAUUGAGAGUGUUCUUUUGUUGCGGAGUGCCUCGCUCCUCCCAGCGCCAUCCAGCAGAGCAGGCCUUCCCCUGGGGACUGUGACAACCUCUCACAGGUAUUCCGGUGAGAGUUGGGUCGUAUUCCUUCACUUCCUGUAUAGAAGGUGUGUGUUUUGUGCUUAUAAAAGGUGGAACCCCCCCACUUAGUCCCAAACAUGCUCGCCAUUGGUAGGGGCCACAGACCAUCUCUCAAUGGGUGGAAUAACGUAGUAACUAAACCAAACAAAAAAGUAUAUACAAGAUUUAACCAUGCCCUGUCCGUGGCGAGGCACUUCAUCUAAGUGCCACGGGGGUAGAAGCCUCUAGCUUCUGUUCCUUGGGGGGAGAUACGCUGCGCGCCAGCCUUUCUUGCUAUGGCUUAAUUGCAUAUGGUGUCUCCCAUUUACCCUUUUUAUUAUUGUUAAUUAUUGUUGUAUGUAUAUUUUAUUUUUAUUUAUUUUUUUAUUAUUAUUCUUUUUGUUUUGUUUUAUGCCGUUGUGUUGUAACCUAUGCGAUUUGUCUUUUACACCUCCCAGGGGUCUCAAUCCUCUCCGCUAUUUACUCGCUUAUCCCUUUUUUUUUUUCUUCCCCUUUUUUGCUUUUAUACUGUUGUGUUGUAUCCUAUGCGAUUAGUCUUUUACCCCUCCCAGGGAUCUCAAUCCUCUCCGCUAUGAACUCGCUUAUCCCUUUUUUUUUUCUUCUAAAUAUAUAUCUCCUUGUGCCCUGCUUUACUAUUUCCACCUCCUCUGUUACAUUUCGCACAUGGAGUACCCCUGGACCUAUACAAUCCCUCAAUUGUUGGCUCUGACAUAUGACAUAAAUAUUUCACUUGAGUUUUAUACUUGCGGCACCACAUCGUCCGUGACUUUUGGCCCACCCGGGCGUCACGCGUUACAGUCUAUGUGUGUUUCGCUUUUUUCCACUCUGGAGUUAAUCUUCUUGGCUCUGUAGAUAGGUUCUUCUGGGAUUCUCUUCUUAAGCCCCAUUCUCGCAGUAUGUCAGCUCCCUCUUCUGGGCUUGAUAUUACAGCUGUCUUGCCUGCCCUCUGCACCAGCAGUUUAACUGGAUAUCCCCAGCGAUAUGCGAUUCGGUUCUCUCUGAGUGCCGCUGUGAUGUCUCGGAACUCCCUACGGUUUUGUAGGGUGAACGCUGAGACGUCUGCGAAAAGCAUAAUGUCCCGGUAUUUUUCAGGAAGCUCUUUGCGGGUUCUACUGUUUUUUAGAAUGGCGUCUUUAAUGUGAUGGUAGUGCAUACGCACCAGAAUGUCUCUGGGGACAUCUUGGGGCAGGAACUUGGGUCUCGCCGUCCUGUGGAUGCGGUCAAAGAGGAGCAUGUUUUGUGGGAUAUCUGGCACUAGUGACUUUAGGUAGGCCGUGACAUGUGCUGUCAGGUCAUUUAUGCCCACAGUCUCUGCCACCCCCCUCAGCUGUAAAUUGUUUCGCCGGCUCCGGUCUUCCAUGUCGGCUAUUUUUACCUCCUGCGCCGCCAAGCGCUCUGACACCUGCAACAGCCUGUCUGCAAGGUCGUUAUGCGCUUCCUCAGUGCCCGCCAUCUUUUCUUCCAGUUUUGAGGUUCUGGAACCGAGGCCUCCCAGGUCUUUGCGCAGCUCUCCUAUGGAUGCCUGCACACUCUUCAUUAUUUUUGCGGACAUUUCGUCCAACGUGUUCUGCAUUAUUUGCUGGGUCAGGAGCCCCUGAACAUUAGGCGCACAGUGAGCUGCCUCGUUGCUGUCUUCGGCGCCGGCGCCAUCUUGGAUUCCCGCCGUCUGCAGUGAGUCCCGUUGUGCGCCCUGCUUUGGGGCAAAGAACUGUGUCUUGUCCGCCUUCUCUGUUUGCCGCUUCGUUUUUGGGUGAGACAUUGGAGUUUUUAGGUCUAUUGUGCCAUAGUAUUGUGUGGCAAUUGCUCAGGUUAGGCUGUGGGACGCGGAGCUGCGUUUACAUGCGACUUCUCCCGCCGGUGUCCAGGCCACGCCCCCACAUUUAACAUUUUUUACAGAUUUAUUUUUUUUGGGAGGUGGGGGUGCCAAGCACGGGAUCUGCCCCGGGUGCCAAAUGCUCUAGGUACGCCCCUGCCCUGGGCUGUCUACUUUUUCAAAUAGUAUGUCACGGUGGGAUUUAUUUUCAUUUCUGGGCUGCCAUACCGUCUCAAAGGCAACAUAGCCAAUCUGGUAAAUAGCAAUUUCCAAAAACGAAAUUAACAAAUCUUAUGUUGGACCCUGUAACUUUUCAAAUCACCAUAAAACCUAUACUUGAGAGCUACUGUUGUACUCGUGAUACAUUACUCUACACAAAUAUGAGUGUUUUAGAGCAGUAAAAUGUUUUAUACUGAUAAUAUCAUUGGUGAAAUGGCAGUUUAUGUGUAAAAAAUGCAAAAUAACAAAUAUAAACGCUAAUUUUGGACAGGGUUUGUGACUAACUGGCUACUAAAAAAGACUGGACAUACCCCAUUUUAAAUACCGUGGGUUGUCUAUUUUAAAAAUAUAUAUGGUUUGAUGGGGGUAACAUUACAUUGGCCAGCUUCAAAAGUGUCUCAAAUAGGACAUGGGUGCAUGAUGACCAGCUGUAAAAAAUUCCAAGUUGGAAAACUGGAAUGAGCACUCUCCAAAUAAGGUCUUUUAGCUCCCAGAGAACCCGACACACCUAUACAUGGUUGGUAUUACUGUACUCAGGAGAUGUUGCUGAACACAUAUUGGGGUGUUCUUUUUCAGUAACCCUUAAAGUUCUCAGUACAUGUAUUCUUAAACUGCUACGUGUGUCACAAAAAUCACCAAUUGUUUAUUUUUUUUUUAAUUUGGCAUAGAUUGGUGGUAAAAUGGUUGCAUGAAAAGAGUGAAAAUACCCCAAGUUCAAUACCAUAGUUUGUCUUCUUUUACAAAAAAAAUAUAUACAUGUGAAGGGUUAUUCGGGGAUUCCUGACAGAUAUCAGUGUUACAAUGUAACUUGCAUUAAUUUUGAGGAACAAAAUGGUUUUGAAAUAGCAAAGUGCUAUGUACUUAUUGCCCUAUAACUUGCAAAAAAAAAAAAAAGCUAAGAACAUGUUAACAUUGGGUAUUUCUAAACUCAGGACACAAUUUAGAAACUAUUUAGCAUGGGUGUUUUUUUUGGCGGUUGUAGAUGCGUAACAAAUUUUGGGGGUCAAAGUUAGAAAAGGUGUGUUUUUAAAAAACAAUUUCAUCAUAUUUUAUAAUUGGUUUUAUAGUAAAUUAUAUGAUAGGAUAUGAUCAAAAUAAUGACAUCUUUAAAAAGACCAUUUAGUGGCGAGGAAAACAGUAUAUAAUAUGUGUGGGUACAGUAAAUGAGUAAGAGGAAAAUUACAGUUAAACACAAAUACCGCAGAAAUGUAAAAACAGCCCUGGUCCCAAACGGUAAGAAAAUUGAAAAGCGUUCUGGUCACUAAGGGGUUAAGAUGAUUACAAUUAUGAAACCAUGGUCUUUGCCAGCUGCCUGUAAUAUUUUUAUUGAUUCAAUGGCAAAUAUCCAAAGACUCAAAAGCCUUACCUUCCAGUAAGUGACUCACUUUUUCCAAUUUCCCUUUAUUGAAUAAAGCAUGGUGUACAUAUACUUUUAAAUAUAUGUUUACCUCAAUGCAAGGGCACUAUCAAGUCAUCACAUUAAUAAGGGAAUGUGAAGUACCCAGCAAACAUUAAGUUUAAGAACCAUUUGAAGUGAUGUAUUAUUAUGAAGGGAUACCUGUUGAUCAUAAGUAUGUAUCAAGAGGACCUCUGAUUGUCUGAAGUGUUCUAAGUGAACCUGAAACUUGCUCUGAUUGCAUCCCUUUUUAUGCUGUGUAAUCUACUGAGGAAAGUAGUGCAAUGCAUGAUGGGCUACCAUAAAAGUUAAUAGGUAUUCAUCACCUUAUAUCUACAAGCAUCCUCCAACUAUAUGCCGCCAUAGAGCAAAAUAUUUAUUGUAUUCCACAAGUGUUAAGGAAAAUGACCUCCCAGAUUCAUAUAUCUUAACUACACAUAACAGGAGAGACACAGUAUGACUACACCAGUAGAAGCAUUCCCAAUGUGAUGGGUCCUAUAGUCUAUAGUAUGUAGCCAAUGUUGGUCCAUAUGAUGAGGAAAAACAAAUUAAUCAAUCCAUCAAUUACCAGCUCAUUUGGAAUCCUAAAAUACAGUUUAUCAGGGUGGCGGCAGACUCCUCUAAGAGUGCCCAUGAUGCCUUUGCCCUCAGGCAGUCAUUUAUCAGCAUGAACUUUGAGGUUGGCAUCCAUACUGUGGGCUGACUAUUGGAUCAGGCUUAUAUGUUUGAUAAUGAUAGAAUAAAACAAAUUAAACUAAAAAAAGGCCUGUUCUCAUUGCGUUUUUUUUUUUUUUUUGUUCAUUCUACCUUACAUUUAUUUUAGGUUAGUAUAAUUCAAAGGUCCCCUGGGUUGCUGUACUGUAGAGCUUGUUCUCAAUCUUGUUUAUAUUUAGCUCCUGAUCUGAACAAUGUUUUCCUUGGCAGUGCAUCAGAAUGCUAAGACAGUUCAUGAGCAUUUGUACAGUCAUACUUAGCAUCACAAUAAACUAUUACUUCAGUCAAUCAAUACAUGUUUAGUAUACAAGGCCUGUAAGCAUUUAAAUUGUGGAUCAGAUUUAAUAGAUACUGAGAUGGAAAAGAUUCCAUCACCCGUUGCACAAAUUUGUACCAGUUAUUAUUUUUAACACAGACUGCACACCUGCAAAGAAAAUUACUGUUCCUAUGCAUGAGUCUUAUAAAAAAAAAAAACACAUUGUCAAUACAUAAAUUUAAUAGAAUGUUCUCACUUUGAUUCCUUGUAUAUUAUGGUAUUUAGGAUUAAGGAUGGGCCAGCCAACAGAGGGCAGAAAGGAGAGGUGGGCUCAUCUCGUAUAGGGUAAGGCACAUUAAAAAAUGUUGGCAUUUCAGCCUGCAUGCGUGCGUGCAUGACAGACAUGUUGACUGAAAUGCAGUCUGGGUGAUCCUUUUACAGCAGCCCAUGCACUGAGCAUUUCUGAAGCAGUCUAAGCAUGGGAUGUGGUUACUCAGCACUCACACUGCUCUAAUUGUGGACAUGGUGUCACUCAUCUGGGAGGGGAUCCUAAUUUGGGGCCAUCCUACUGGACCUGUGACAUUUAAGAGACAUGCUAUUCUAACAUAGUGUAUCCUGCUUAUACAGUGAGGGGAAAAAGUAUUUGAUCCCCUGCUGAUUUUGAACUUUUGCCCACUGACAAAGAAAUGAUCAGUCUAUAAUUUUAAUGGUAGGUGUAUUUUAACAGAAUAACAAAAAAAAAUGCAUGUCAAAAAAGUUAUAAAUUACCAGAAUCAAAGAAGUAUACUUAAUGGACGAUCUGACAGCAAAGGUUAGGGGAACCAGGAACAAAUUCCAGAAAAUAUAGGAACCGUGGGAGUGUAGCCCGCUGAGCAAUUAGUAAGAUUUGGCUGUCGUUCCCUCCUCCCCCCCUUUCUUCCCCUCCCCCUUGUCCCCCCCUUAUACUGUUCUCUCCCUUUUCUUGGCUUUUCUUGUUCUAUCUAUUCUUUCCUCUUGCUUUUAGUCUUUUCGACCCCCACACUCGAGGGGGUGCUCAGGUAGUAAUAUGGCGAGGGCAUUUAAGUAGACGCUGGCAGACAAAUGGAACCAUGUCCUAGUGUGUCCCAGGACCAAGAUGAGACGCAUAUUGCCCACAAUCUGAAUAUAGACAGACAUCUGACGCAACAUGUAAUGCACUUCGUGGAGGGGAUGGGAGGAGUUUCCCCCUCCCCUCCCUUUUUCCUCUCAAAAAUGCUAAACUAAGUAUAGUAAUACUGAGACCAACUGAGCUGUGCGUAUUGUCUUACAUGUAAUAUAUGGUUACCUUAAUGUUACACAUAAAUUGUGACCGAAUCCAUGACUGAUGUAUAUGAAUAAUGCUUGUCAUCCAAAAAUAAAAAAUGUAAAAAAAAAAAAAAGAUAUAAAUUGAUUUGCAUGUCAGUGAGUGAAAUAAGUAUUUGACCCCUUCGACUUAGUACUUGGUGGCAAAACCCUUGUUGGCAAUCCCAGAGGUCAGAAGUUUCUUGUAGUUGGCCACCAGGUUUGUCCCACUCCUCUUUGCAGAUGCUCUCCAAGUUAUUAAAGGUUUUCAGGCUGACGUUUGGCAACUCGAACCUUCAGCUCCCUCCACAGAUUAUCCAUGGGAUUAAGGUCUGGAGACUGGCUACGCCACUCCAGAACCUUAAUGUGCUUCUUCUUGAGCCACUCUCUUGUUGCCUUGGCUGUGUGUUUUGGGUCAUUGCCAUGCUGGAAUACCCAUCCACAGCCCAUUUUUAAUGACCUGGCUGACGGUAGGAGGUUCUCACCCAAGGUUUGUGGCUACAUGGCCCCGUCCAUUGUCCCUUUGAUGCGGUGCAGUUGUCCUGUCCCCUUAACAGAAAAACACCCCCAAAGCAUAAUGUUUCCACCUCCAUGUUUGACGGUGGGGAUGGUGUUCUUGGGGUCAUGGGCAGCAUUCGUCCUCCUCCAAACAGUUGAGUUGAUGCCAAAGAGCUUGAUUGUGGACUCAUCUGACCACGACACUUUCACUCAGUUCUCCUCUGAAUCAUUCAGAUUAGGGAUGUGCAUGGGAAAAAAAAUGUUUUGGUUCGGAAAUUCAGGUAAGAAAUUUGUUUUGUCUGCAUCGGCAAUUUGAACCAAUGGCAUUCAGUUUGGUUCGGCACUUCAGAAAUUCGGGACUUCAGCAAUUCUAUACUUCGGCAAUUUGGCACUUUGGCAAUUCAGACCCUAACCCUAAUCCCUAACCCGUAUCCUACCCCUACCUGUAACCCCUACCCCUUAAAGCCUAACCCCUAGUUCAGUUCGGCACUUUGGAAAUUCGAACUUCGGACAUUCGUAAGCACCCGAAUGUCUGAAUUUCACGAAAUUCAUCUGAAUGUACAUUCGGAACGAAACAUACACAUGUCUAAUUCAGAUGUUCAUUGGCAAACUUCAGACGGGCCUGUACAUGUUCUUUCUUAAAUAGGGGGGCCUUGCGGGCGCUGCAGGAUUUCAGUCAUCACAGGGUAGUGUGUUACCAAUUGUUUUCUUGGUGACUAUGGUCCCAGCUGCCUUGAGAUCAUUAACAAGAUCCUCCCAUGUAGUUCUGGGCUGAUUCCUCACCAUUCCCAUGAUCAUUGAAACUCCACAAGGUGAUAUCUUGCAUGGAGCACCAGACAGAGGGAAGCAGUUAUUUUGUGUUUCUUCCAUUUGCGAAUAAUCGCACCAACUGUUGUCACCUUCUCACUAAGCUGCUUGGCAAUGGUCUUGUAGCCCAUUCCAGCCUUGUGUAGGUCUACAAUCUUGUCUCUGACAUCCUUGGACAGCUCUUUGGUCUUGGCCAUGGUGGAGCGUUUGGAAUCUGAUUGAUUGGCCUGUGGACAAGUGUCUUUUAUACAGGUAACAAGCCCUUAAAGAGAGUGCCCCUAAUCUCAGCUCGUUACUUGUAUAAAAGACCUGUAUUAAAGACACCUGGGAGCCAGAAAUCUUGCUGAUUAAUAGGGGAUAAAAUAUGUAUUUGACUCAUUGACAUGCAAAUCAAUUUAUAACUUUUUUGACAUGCAUUUUUCUUUAUUUUUUAUUUGUUUGUUAUUCUGUCUCUCACAGUUAAAAUACACCUACCAUUAAAAUUAUAGACUUAUCAUUUCUUUGUCAGUGGACAAACGUUCAAAAUCAGCAGGGGAUCAAAUACCUUUUUCCCUCACUGUAUACCAAUGGCAACUCUACAGAUCCUGUUUCAGAAAAUUUGAAGAGAUUCUAUGUGACAGUAAGGUAUUUAAUUACCAGAUUAUAUUACAACAUAGAUUACACUUUUAGGGUAAUUCAGUAAACACAGGAUCGUUUUAAAAAAAAACAGACCUGAAUCCAGCAGGAUGCAUGUUCGCAAAUUAUCAUUCACAUGCUUUUUUUAAUGGCUGCCCAGUCAUUAUUAUUUUUAUUUUUUUAAUUACAGUCACUGUUUAGUAGAUAUACCCACACCCAUAGCAUGGCCAUUCAGACUUUACUGUUAGUCUUUAACCCAUUAAGACCGUGGGACAUUCUAUGCCGCCCUUAAGAAAGUGGCUCUAAACGCUGCAUCCUAUGUACUUACCAGGUUUCCGGCGAUCCCACGCCGGCGAUCGUGGUAUGGGGACUUACCUGGGAGCCCAGGGAGUCCCCCUCUUUCCUCUUCAGCCCCUCUGGGCCAUGUGAUCACGAGGUCCUUGCGAGGACCUAGCGAUCACAUGGACGGCAUAGCUGUCUAAGGCAUUGCCAGCAGGGGCAGUGCCUGUAAUGACAGGUACUCCCCCUGCUGUCUGAAAUAAAUAAAAUAAAUGUUAAAACAGUGUAAAAUUAAAUAAUAUAUACUUAGAUUAUAUAUAUAUAUAUAUAUAUAUAUAUGCUUAUUAUAUAUAUGAUCUAAGUAUAUAUAUAUAUAUAUAUACAUAUAUACACACAUACACAUAAAUACACUGUCUAAGUGUAUUUUAAUAUUAAUAUAUAUAUAUAUAUAUAUUCAUAUCAAAGUACACGCACAAUGAUAUGGACUAAAUAUAUAUAUAUAUAUAAUUAUCAUUAUUUAUAUAUUUAUACAUAAUAUAAAAUAAACAAAUAUGUAAAUACCUUAAAAAAUAAAAUUUCAAAAAAUAAAAAAUAAAUAUAUAAAAAAUAUACAUGUAUAAUUUCAUUCUAACUGUAUUUUAUUGUUUUGAAACACUAAUAUUUGUGUUCAGCGAAGUCGCCUGAGUAUAACAGUACCCCUCAUGUACAGGUUUUAUGGUGUUUUCAAAAGUUACAGAGUCAAAUAUAAGGCUUGCGUUUCAGUUUUUUCACAUUGAAAUUCGCCAGGUUGGUUAUGUUGCCUUUAAGACCGUACGGUAGCCCAGGAAUGAAAAUUACCCCAAUGAUGGCAUACCAUUUGCAAUAGUAGACAACCCAAGGUAUUGCAAAUGGGGCAUGUUCAGUCUUUUUUAGUAGCCACUUAGUCACAAACACUGACCAAAAUUGGCAAAUUAUUUUUUUGCAUUUUCAAAUAUUAACACUAACUUUGGCCAGUGUUUGUGACCAAGUAGCUACUAAAAAAGAUUGGACAUACCCCAUUUGCAAUACCUUGGGUUGUCUACUUUUGCAAAUGGUAUGUCAUCAUGGGGGUAAUUCUUAUUCCUGGGCUACCAUACGGUCUCAAAGGCAACGUAACCAAUCUGGCGAAUUUCAAUGUGAAAAAACUGAAAAAUGUAACAUGCUAUAUUUGACCCUGUAACUUCCCAAAACACCAUAAAACCUGUACAUGGGGGUACCGUUUUACACAUGAGACAUCGCUGAAUACAAAUAUGUGUAUUUUAUUGCAAUAAGAGCAAACAGUAUUAUGACAUUCACAGUUAGAAUGUCCCAUAGAACUAGAAAAAAAUUAAAAUUCUUAUUUUUCCCUAUUUUUAAAAAUAUUUUAUUCAUAUUAAAUUAUGUUUCAUACACUAAGUAUACCCUUACUGCUACCAUAGGAACUAAGAGGUUAAGUAGCAGACACGUGAUGCUAAUAAAAUGCCCUUGAUUAAUUGAUCAUCAGCAAGUGUGACCGCCUCUAUAAAAGUAGAUGUUUUAGCAGUUUGCUGGUCUGAAACAUUUAGGCUUUUAACACAAUGCCAAGGAUGAAAGACAUCAGCAAUGAUCUUAGAGAAACAGGAGGCUUCCUAUUUGCUUAUCUUUCUUUACUGAAACCUCCAGCAGCAAAGAAACAGUUAACAAUAGAUAAAUAAAAAUCAACUAAUCGGAGAGCAUGACAGUAGUAUGUAUUGUAAUCAAGCUCCUCCCAACUCCUCUUUCUUUGCUGCUUGCCUCCAGGUGAGUCUAUUCUAAUUAUAGUCUCCUACAUUUUGACUUUUAUUCAUUUAUGAUAUAUUUGUCAUCUUAGAUUUUAUUAUAUUAUAUUUGUUUUUCCUUCUACACCUUCAACUAACUACCUAUAAGUACUUGUUAAAUCAUUGUCCAUCCACUUUUACUGUUUGGCAGUUAUACUGAUCCCCUAUCCUCUGAUGUGCUCUGGCACUCUACAUAUUGUGCCUGCUUCCCCUCUGGAACUCCACUGCCGCCAUGCUAGCCUGCUCCCUCUCUGGAGCCCCACUGCCACCGCGCUAGUCAGCGGCUGCAUUUUUACACUCAUUCCAGGCUUAACCCCUGCAGCCAUCACAUUAGACUGUCAGGAGUCCAACCGGCCCAUUCGUAUGCUUCAUUUUGUGAGGCGAAGGCUUUUCCCGCUCUUUUUUGUUUGCGGUGGCCAUCUUACGCUCACGUGGCACUUUCCUGCCUUUUUGCCAUUCGUAAAGUGCAGAAUACUACAGGACGGUUGCAAGCUCUGCCUGCUCCUUGUCUAGCGAUCAGGUAAGUUCUUAUUUCAGAUUUAAUAGUGUAUUUCCUCUACUCCAAUCCAUCACCAUGUAUUAUUAAUACUAUAUAUUUUCUUUAUUGCAGAAGUCUGCCAAACGAACACUAUACAAUUCUGUGGUCAUUUUUACUUAGUAUUAGUAAAUUUGACUGAAAGACCAUCAGCAAUAUGUUUCUGGUCCGCAAGAAGACGGGAGUUUUCCGUCCAGUUAUCUGAGGGACCUGAACCAACACAUCAUGUAUCGGCACUUCAGGAUGGAAGGCAUCCAUCUUCUAUGCAAUCUCCUCUGCAUGGGAGACUGGUUCUCCCGAUUCGAUCUCAAGGACACAUGCCUCACUGCUGGUCGCUCAAAAACAUCGUCCUUUUCUCCAAUUCCAUUGGCUACAAGACAUUUGGCAGUUCACCUGCCUCCCCUUCAGCCUUUGUUCCACCCCUUGGAGUUUCACCAAGUUGAUGAAACUAGUUAUGGCUCUACUCCACUUGCAAGGAAUUCGGUCCAUCAUUUACUUGGACAACAUUCUAAUCAUGGCUAAAGAUCGGCAGACUCUGCGUCACCAAAUGGACAUGACCUCCGCACUACUCCAAAAUCUAGGAUUUAUCAUACAUUUUCCAAACUCCGCUCUAGAACCCUCACAAACAGUGCAAUUUCUUGGAUUUGAGAUAGACUCCAUACAAGCUAUCCUUCAACUACCUUCAUUCAAGAUCAGAGCCAUAAAAAAGGACAUUCGGAAACUAUUGUCCACUCAAGACAUUCACCUACGAGAUCUCGCACACAUGAUCGGUCUCCUCUCAGAUUCCAUACAAGCCAUCUUUCGGGGACCACUGCAUUAUCGAGCAAUGCAACGCUUGAAGACUUUUUACCUACAUCGAUCCACCUCAUAUGACCAAAUAAUUUAUUUAGCAAACAAAGUACGGCUGGAACUUCUUUGGUGGCUCCAUAACAUGGACACCUGGAACGGAAAAGCCAUAUUCAGCUCUCAACCAGAUUUUAUUCAGGAGUCAGAUGCCAGUCUUCUGGGAUGGGGAACAACAUGCUCCGAAAUUUCAACUGGAGGCCUUUGGUCCCCUGCGGCACAAGCACUCCAUAUCAACUGUUUGGAGCUUAUCGCAGGCUCCUUUGUGAUCCGCAGCUUCCGCAAAAGACAUGUACUACGAAUGGACAACAUAUCCGCGGUCCUUUAUGUGAACCACCUCGGGGGAUCCUGUUCCAAACACCUCUCUGACAUCACAAAACAUCACCAUAUCAGUUCUGCCUAUCGAGGAAUCUGUCCAUUCAUGUAGAAUACCUACCAGGUCCCGACAAUCUAGUCGCUGGUUCUCCAGAAGUUGGAGGGAUCCAAGUGACUGGCAAUUGAAUCCACAGAUCUUCCACAGCAUUCAUCUAUUACGUGGACCACUCAACAUGGAUCUCUUCGCGUCUCAUCUGAAUCAUCAGACGGUCACCUACUUCAGUUGGCUACCAGAUCCACUCUCCCUGGCGGUAGAUGCAUUUCUCCAAAUCUGGCCGAUGACGGGGGCGUAUGCUUCCCCCCCUUCUCCAUGAUCUCAUGUACUCUCCAACCUUCUAUGAGUUCAGGGUGUCCAGAUAGUUCUAAUAAUGCCAUUAUGGCAAGCACAGUUAUGGUUCCCAACCCUCCUGGAGAUAGAAACAUAGAAACAUAGAAUGUGAUGGCAGAUAAGAACCAUUCGGCCCAUCUAGUCUGCCCAAUUUUCAAAAUACUUUCAUUAGUCCCUAGCCUUAUCUUAUAGUUAGGAUAGCCUUAUGCCUAUUCCACGCAUGCUUAAACUCCUUUACUGUGUUAACCUCUACCACUUCAGCUGGAAGGCUAUUCCAUGCAUCUACUACCCUCUCAGUAAAGUAAUACUUCCUGAUAUUAUUUUUAAACCUUUGUCCCUCUAAUUUAAGACUAUGUCCUCUUGUUGUGGUAGUUUUUCUUCUUUUAAAUAUAGUCUCCUCCUUUACUGUGUUGAUUCCCUUUAUAUAUUUAAAUGUUUCUAUCAUAUCCCCCCGUCUCGUAUUUCCUCCAAGCUAUACAUGUUAAGAUCCUUUAACCUAAGAUGUCAGUAGACCUCCCUCUGCUGUUGCCUCAUUGUCAGGAUCUACUCCAAAAUCCAGCAGGAGAAUUUCAUCCACUCGCUCUUCAGGGUCAUCUACGGCUCAUAGCCUGUACCAUUUCAGGGGAUCCUGCCAUGUGACAGGACUUUCGAACACAGCUCAAUCACUCUUAUGGGACUCGACAAGCCUACAUCUCCGCUUGGCAGAUUUGGGUCCGCUGGUGUGUUGGAAGGAACACUGAUCCAGUUUCAGCAUCUCUCACACACAUUUUGAAUGUCCUCUCAUCCCUGUAUGAUCAAGGCAAAUCCAAAUCUGAGCUUUCGAUUUCCACUCAGUUGCUUUUGCCCCGGACGGAUUUGGACUAAAGUUAGUUCGUCAUCGGUUUUCUAUCCCAAUUUUCCGGAAAGACCUUCACUCUGCUUGGCUCAAUACGUUCACCAAUACAUCUCUCUUACGGCUCCACUCAGAGCACCCUCGGGUCCUCUAUUCAUGUCAUAUGUCUGACCUCAUAAACCAGUCUCCUGCCUGACUAUUGCCCAUUGGAUUAGGUGGCUACUCACUCUAGCAGGGAUUGACCCCGCUUUUGGUGCUCAUUCAGUCCGAGGUGCGGCUGCAUCUUCUGGCUUGGGCGCAAGAGGUUCUCUGACCGACAUCUUAUCCUCAGCAGAUUGGUCUAGGGAAGCUACUUUCCGGACCUUCCAUUUCAGACCUGUGUCCCAUGCUUCUCUAUCUAUGAUUUAUCAGAUUUAAAACAGCAAAUAUGAAGUCUCCUGUCUUGCCAUAAAAUUAGGGAUUAUUCUGGUUUAGUGACCGAAUAAUCUAAAUUUUAUUAAAGACAGGAGGCGAAUAUUUUCCCUCCCUUCUGCUCUUCCCACCCUAAGCUAUUUGUUUCUAAACCACUUUAACACAUUUGUUUACAGAUUUCUAUUUGUCCUGUUGCAUUUUAAGCCAUUUAUGACACAAGACCUUAUAUUGUUACCUAUAGCCAACCUUGCCUGUUUAACUCUAUUUGGUUUAAUUAGAGUACUAAUACAUUAGUCUUACCUAUUUAAAUCUAUUUUGAUUUCUUCGUAUAUUAGUACAUUAGCUAUGUUUUACUAACAUAGGCGUUAGCUCUAUCAGGAUUUUAUAUCUAACCUACGAACUAGGACAUUGUAUUGUUUUUUUCUUGUACCAAUAAACCAUACUUUUACAAUGUCUCUUUCCAGUGUGAAAAUCCAUCCACUUUAUUACAUGGAUCUCUCUUCGGUUCAUAGUUUACCUGGUUGACUAUUUGACUGCAUUUACCUGUUGUUUCCUGUUAUAAUUUCAUGGUUGACUCUACUGCGAUUCAGAAGCAUCAAGAAAGAGGAGUUGGGAGGAGCCUGAUUACAAUACAUACUACUGUCAUGCUCUCUGAUUGGUUGAUUUUUAUUUAUCUAUUGUUAACUGUUUCUUUGCUGCUGGAGGUUUCAGUAAAGAAAGAUAAGCAAUUAUUCGCCUCCUGUCUUUAAUAAAAUUUAGAUUAUUUGGUCACUAAACUAGAAUAAUCCUUAACUGUUGCAGUCCAUCAAUCUGGAAAUGGUUAUAAGGCAUUUCCAAACCAUUUACAGUACAUCAUUCUUGUGGCAAACCCUGUUCUAUUACAUAAACUUUGUUCCGAAAAGAGCUGUUCCCGGUCCCCCUGGUUUGGUACCUUCUUUUCUCAUGAACGUAUUACCGAAAGCCCCUUUCUGCCAUUCAUAAACUAAUGAACAGCCUACAGCAGUACUUAACCACAAACGCUAUGAAACUAAACUCAAUUAUAUGACUUUGCGGCUCCCGAUAAUCUUGACCCAGUGGGAUGAUCCCCUUGCUGACCUCACAGGAGAGCGUUAUUUGGAGGGAGGGUACUACAGACUUAUAGGAACAAUCACUUCCUGAGAUCCAGAGGGAGCCCCCUUCCAUUUAACCGCAGGAGCUCCCGCUAUUUGACCGGCCCCAGAUACAAUUUAGCUGGAUCUAUUUUGGGCUUAGUUCUCGUGUGAGGCUGGUCAAAACUUUACCCUGGUGGUAAAUGAAUAAUUCUUCAUUGAUCCAGACGCUAUUUUGCCAACUUGGGUGCCUGAAUGAGAGCUAUCUGGGGAUGUAUGAUAUGUGGGGUUCCUGUGUGUUUUUAUUGUAUUUUGGGUCUGUUUUUGUGUUAGGUACUUUGUAUCUGGGAGAUAAUUAGUUUAGCGGUCAGCAACUCAGUUAUCUCCCAGACACAGAGGCACCUGGGCGGGCACUUAUGCACACCUUGGAGACCCUGUGUAUGGGAUUUGUGAAUAAAAGAUCAAUCCUGUUGAAUAAAAACCAGUUGUACUCCCAGUGUGUCAUCGUCCAGUUACUGGAGGAAAGGACUAUAUCCACUAAACAGCGCUUUGUUCCAGCUCGAGAGAAUUUCGGCUGAGAUAUUCAGUCUCAGGAUUGCAGCCCUGCUACAAUUCUACAGUGAGAAAGAUUGUUCAAAAGUGGAAAACAUUCAAGACAGCUGCCACUCUUCACAGGAGUGGACAUCCCAGCAAAUUCAGACCAUGCAAUGCUCAGAGAAAUUGUAAAAAAAUGAAGCGUUAUAUCUCAAACUCUACAGGCCUCAGCAAGUUAAAUAUUAAAGUUCAGAAUCAUGAAAGUACAAUUAUAAAACGACUGAACAAGUGUUGCCAGUAGAGAGCCUCUUCUCUCUAUAAAGAACUAUCUAAGUGGUCCAAACUGUGACAUCCCAGAGUCGUCCCGAUGCCUGACGCCACAUGAUGAAAAGUACCCCAUGUGUUCCCAGGCGAGCGCUGCAGAUGCAAACAGCCGUACCUCACCACCACGAGUCUCUGUGAUCCCAGCGUGUCCUGCCUAUACCAAAAAACCUCCUGCUUUAGCAUCAGGGCGCACAAUAUUCGGGGACCACCAAUGCGAGUGCCGGCUAGAUCAGAUCACCUACCUCUUGUUGAUUGAACUGAACUAUCUGAGUGAUUUGGCAAAUGCCUGUGAUAUAGAGGUGCUCUUUGAUGUAGCAGCUUUCACACAAAAAUAGGAACUCUCUAAUCCUAUUACAAUAUUGUACAAAAGAAAACACUAUUUUAACAAACAAGUGUCAAAUUAGUGAAAGUGUGUAGCGCUGAAGGUGAAUUACUUACUCCCAAAAUGGUAUAGGGCUCUAAUCACUUGCGCCGUUGUGCAUUUGAGGUGGCACACACCCUAUGAAUCCACGUAUAGGAUAUUCCUCAGAGACAUGUAAACAGAAAAAGGAGGGAAGAGAGACAGGCAAACUUGCCCUGGUGCAGAAAUCCUUAAUCAAAUAUGGUAUAAUACAAAGGUAUACAGGUUGCUUCUCACCUUAAAAAGAGCCUGUCACUUGGCUCUACGUAUAUGAGUGUAUGAGUCCUGUUCUAGGGUGACUCUGCUCUUCUUGUAUCAGGAUAAAUGGUCCACCAGAUGGUAUGUUCUGAUUAAAAAAUUAUAUUUAUUCUAUCCAAAAAUCUUUUAAAAUAUCAAAUAUAAUACAUACGCAGUGGUGGUGUGUCCAAAACGCAUUUCGUCGAUUCCGUUCGGCUUUCUCAAUUGUUGCUGUGCAUAUUAUGCUUGUUUAUGUCCAUUCUUGAUUGUCUAUGCAUUCUAUACGACAUCUGUAUGUUCAGAGUUUUGUCUCAAUAAAACAAAGAAUGAAGAAAAAGAGAAAUGUGCAUAAACAAAUACCAGCAAACCUCAAUGUACUGAAGCAAUGUUGUAAAGAGGAGUGGGCCAAAAUUCCUCCACAACAAUGUGAGAGACCAAUAAAGUCAUGGAGAAAAUUAUUUCUUCAAGCUUUUGCUGCUAAAGGUGGUUCUACAAGCUGUUGAAUCAUAAGAUGUACUUAGUUUCUCAUAUUUGUGUUAAAUAAAUCAUGACACAGUGUAAUAUUGUAAUGUCAUGUGUUGUUGUUCAUCUGAGGUUGUAUUUACCUAAUAUUAAUGGAAUACUCUAGGCACUAAAACAACUUCAUCUACAUAAAUUCAUGUGACCAAACUACCCCUUUAAGACCUGCUAAAGAACAAAUGAUUGUUAUUAGGUCCUGAUAUGUAAAAAUAUAGAAUUUAAAGAGGGUAUACUUUUUUUCCCCAUAACUGUAUCUGCACAUCCUUAUCAUCCUCCCUGAGCCUUUAAUUUGCCUAGUGUUAGCAAAGAAAAGCCUAGUGUUACCUUCUGAUUCUGUUACCUUGCUAGAUUUCCAUUUUUUCACCUUUCUAUAAUGAACUUUACACCUUUUUUCAAGUGGUUGAAAUUAUACAAAAUGUUACUAUGAUGACAGCUAUGGGAUCCCAAAGCAUAAAUGUGAUUCUUGGGGGAUAUGAAAUACGCAUAUAAUAAGGGCCAUUCCAUUAACCUUUCUUCUUCCUGUUAAUGAAUCCUUUGAGGAUCAAAUGGCACAUUAUUUGGAUCUGGGCAGUGAAAAGGGAAUAGUGCUCGGUAUAAAUGUAUUGAGAGGCAGUGGGAAAUAAGAAUUUGAUAUAACAACACAAUAUAGGUCUCCUGGAAAAAGUAACUAAAUAACUAGACAUAUCCGGUAUUAUUGAUGAAAUUAAACUACAACAGAAUAAGAAGAGGAAUUCAAGGAAAGAUUAUAGGAGGAGGCUGUUCUCUGUAGUCCAUGGAAGGACUGAUGGAGGGAUGUCCUGCAAGGAAGAUAUUGUUCUUUCUAGUGAUUUGGGGAGCGUUUCUUUAUGGUAAGUUGAUAUACAUAUAUGUCGCAAGAGGACUGUAUCAUCCUAAUAUACAAACAUAGGCAUGGUUUUUUACUAAAGCAACAAUUGCUGGAAUACAAAGUGAAUUUUAAAAUUUACAUCAAAAUAGCCAAAUUAGAAAAACUCUCCAAAUCAAUUCUGUUUAGAGUUUGGCUAGACUGGCUUUACAUUUAAAAUUCACUUCUAAUUCCCAGAAAUUCUCACUUUAGUGAAUAGUAUAUCCUUUUUCAUCCUAAACAUUGAAAUUGAGCAUUGAGUGACUUUAAAUUUUAAAUUCUGAGUUUAGGAAGAACCUUAUGAAUCACUUGACAGUAACACCAGGUGUCGUUUAUGUAGGUCAUAUGUUUGUGAGAGAUCCCUGUGUUUGGCUCUUCCUCUAGCAAUGUGAGUGUUGACAUUUCUAGUAUACAUAUGUAUAUACAUAUGUACAUAUGUAUAUCUGAACUUGAUAUGAUGCCCCAUUAAUUUAACUGGUAUGUAUAUAUGAACUAUUUUAAUAGAAUGGAUUUACUUUACUGAGAUUCAUUGUGAUCCUCCUCAAGUGUUACACCAAUUUUUGGUUUUCCCUCAAGAGUGAGGAGCCGAUUAAGGCAUGGAGCCUGGAAUAGUAUGCUUACAUUAUAGACUAAGAGCAAUGAUAUGAAAACAAUACAGAUAUAAUCGGUUAAGUAACUAAUUGGCCCUCUGCCUUUGAUAUCCCUAACCAAGGACUUAAAGGAUCACUAUAGUGUCAGGAAAAAAACUAGUUUUCCUUACACUAUAUAAAAUUGAUGCCCCCCCACCCACCCUCGUGGCCCCCCUCCCGCUGGGCUGAAGGGGUUAAAACCCCUUCAGCCACUUACCUUUAUCCAGCACCGGGCUCCUUCGGCGCUAGUGACCUCUCCUCCCCCUCCGACUUAAGCUCCCAAGUGGAGCCGAAUGCGCAUGCGUGGCCACAGCUGCGCGCGCAUUCAAAACGCCCAUAGGCAAGCAUUUCUCAAUGCUUUCCUAUGGACGUUCUGCAUACUCAAUGCGAUUUUCGCAUUGAGCGUUGCAGAAGCACCUCUAGAGGCUGGAUUAAUCCUAUAAUGUAAACAUAGCAGUUUCUCUGAAACUGCUAUGUUUACAUUUGAAGGUUUAAAACCUAGGGGACCUGGCACCCAGACCACUUCAUUGAGCUAAAGUGGUCUGGGUGACUAUAGUGUUCCUUUAAGCUUGUUGAAGUGCUUUAGGGGGUUAACAAUACCAAUUUGUGAAAGUGCCUAAUUCAAGAGAAAGUGGCAGUAGUUUUAAAUGAUGGACCCAUUACUGAGCACACUGGUGUCAAUGCAAAGAAGUUAUUUUGUUGAGCUAAAUGUGCUGGACCAAUGUGUGAUAUCAGUUUGUGAUAAACGGUAUAAUGUAGCUUGUAACACCAAUUGAGCAUGUAAGGGGUUAAAGGGACACUAAAGGCACCCAGACCCCUUCAUAUCAAUGAUGUGCUCUGGAUGCAGUGGCCCUGUUGUUUUAACCAUGCAGUGUAAAACACUGUCAGUUUUUAGAAACAGUAAUUUUUUCAUUACAGGCUUAAACACCUCUAGCGGUUGUCUCCCUGACAGCCAUCACAGGCGUUUCUACUGUAAUAACCGAGACUGACUUGUUUAUUCAAUGAAAUGCUUCUCAUAGAAAGCAUUUGAGUGGCGCAACACAUCCUCUAUUGCAUUGAUGAAUUCAGCUAGCAGCAUGGAGUGUUAAAAUGUGCGUAAAAAUGCAUAUUUUUUGCACACAGGUAGGGAUGGGGCGGCCAUUACCUAAAUAGUUAGUAGGACAUUGUAGCAUUUGGAAUACAUGUAUUAUUUCCAACGCUAUAGUGUUCCUUUAAUCCUGCCGGAAUGUUACGCUCUAAAAUGUGUUUGAAUUUUAGUUUUGUGCUGCUCUGGUACCAUGGGGCUGGGUGUAAUUUAAUUAAAAUAGGCCAUUGUUCUUAGUUUCCCAAGUCCUGUUACUGUUUGUUGUUUUUACCUCCCCUUGUGUUUUCCUAUGUAAACUCAUACACGCUCCAAUAAAAAUAUAGAUUGCUCUUCCCUUCACUAAGUCUUGCCUGGUGUUUGGAAAGAGAUAUAAAAGCUAUUUAACGUUUCCUCACCUGACUUACUGAGGGUUGUUGGAGUAGGAAGAACAAACACUGUAGCAGGUUCAGCUCUGGUACUCAAGCCUGAGACCUGUCCCUGUGCCCCCAUGCCCCCCUGUUCCCAUUAGUUAUAUAACAUUAUACAUUAAAGGGUUACUCCAAGGACAGCUUCAGUAAUUUGAAGUUGUCAUGGUGCUUGGAAUCUGUAAGUACAGCAUUUCAGUAUAAGAAACUGCACAUACAUAGGGCUGGUCUGGGUAUAAAAAGCAGGCUGCAUUUUGCCAGUAUACUGCGCUGAUAUAUAGAGGCGGGGGGGUGAGGGGAGGGGGAACAACCUUGAAAGUGAAAAUUAUUUCCUCUACGUUAAGAGGCAUACUAAUUGCACUUCAAAAUAAAAUAAUAAAAAACUUUUUUUAAUCUAACAUGUAACAGGAUGCAGUUAACAUUUUAGCUGCAUUAGCUUGAUAUUUUGUAACUCUGGUAAUAAGAUUAAAAUUUACAGUUUUGCUGCAAGGUUAUUUUUUUUAAAUUCUGUUUAUAGUGAAGUCCUUGUGGAUUAUAUUAUUGGGCCAGAGUUUUACUUCAGGGUAACAAAGACUGGAAAAUGUUUGUGAAUCAAGGCUAAAGCAUCCAAGUCAUGAUGAUCACCUGUUUACGGAGGAAUCCCUUUUUACAUUUUAUAUAUUUGUAUAUGAUUUAUGAGUGUAUUAUAAGUCAGAGGCGGAACUACUGAGUCAGAGGCGGAACUACCGCUGAGUCAGAGGCGGAACUACCGCGGUCGCAGGGGUUGCAGCUGCGAUUGGGCUCAUCUGCGAGGUAAAACCGACAGGGCCACGCGGCGGGGGCGGUCAGCGCUGUGGGCCUUAACAGAGCGACCAGGCCCCAUGAGAUGACAUUAGAACUGGGAGGAAGUGUAUGCCACGGUCACUCCUCCCAGCUUACACCGGGAGCUGCGGGGGAGGAAGAGGAGGGAGUCAGAGUGGGAACUGUGACUCCCAUCAGGUUGAGCCACUGGACCCCCUUCUGCACCUAAAAGGGUGACUAAAACAUUUUGUAUAUGUGUGUGUUUGUUUGUAUGUAUGUGUGUGUUUGUGUAUGUGUGUCUAUAUGAAUGUUGCUCUGUAUGUGUGUAUGUAUGUGUGUUUGUAUGUGUAUGUAUGUAUAUGUGUGUGUAUGUCUGUCUGUGUGUGUGUGUGUAUGUCUGUCUGUAUCUAUAUAUGUGUGUGUGAGUUUGUAUAUGUGUGUGUGUGUAUGUAUGUAUGUAUGCGUAUGUAUGUGUGUUUGUAUGUGUGAGUGUCUGUCUGUGUGUCUGUAUGUAUGUGUUUGUAUGUCUGUGUGUGUGUGUGUGUAUGAAUGUAUGUAUGUGUGUGUGUAUGUCUGCCUGUGUGUAUUUGUAUGUAUGUAUGUGUGUCUGUAUAUGUGUGUCUGUGUGGGUGUUUGUAUGUGUCUGUAUGUAUGUGUGUGUAUGUGUCUGCAUGUAUGUAUGUGUGUGUCUGUCUGUAUGUGUGUGUCUGUCUGUAUGUGUGUGUCUGUGUGUGUCUCUGUAUAUGUGUGUGUCUGCAUGUGAAUCUGUUUGUCUGCAUGUGUGGGGUGGCAACGUAUGGGAGAGGGUAGACAUAUGGGGAUUGGUGGGGGGUAGACGUAUGGGGGGGGCCAGGGCAGUUUUUGCACCGGUGUCCUGUCGUUUCUAAUUACCGUAUUUUUCGCUCCAUAAGACGCACCUCACCAUAAGACGCACCUAGUUUUUAGAGGAGGAAACCCAGAAAAAAAAAUAUUCUGAACAAACUGUUCCAUAGUGUUUCUUACCAUGGGACAGUUUGUUCAGAAUAUUUUUUUUUCUCCCCUGUCCCAUAAUGAUCUUUAACCCCCCUUUCCUCUGUCCCAUAGUGAUUGUUUCCUCUGUCCCAUAGUGAUUGUUAACCCCUCCUACCCUGUCCCAUAGUGAUUGUUAACCCCUCCUACCCUGUCCCAUAGUGUUCUUUAACCCCUCCUCCCCUUGUCCAUUAGUGUUCUGAUCCCAUAGUGUCCCCCCUCCCAUUGUCCCAUAGUGCACUUUCCCUCCCAUAGUGUCCCCCCCUGCCCUUGUCCCAUAGUGUCUCCCCCUCCCCUUGUCCCAUAGUGUCUCCCCCUCCCCUUGUCCCAUAGUGUCUCCCCUCCCUUUCUCCCAUAGUGUCCCCCUCCCCUUGUCCCAUAGUGUCUCCUCCCCUCCCCUUGUCCCAUAGUGUCUCCUCCCCUCCCCUUGUCCCAUAUAGUGUCUCUCCCUUGUCCCAUGGUGGUCCCCUUGUCCCCUCCUCUCCCCAUAGUGUCUCUCCCUUUCUCCCAUAGUGUCCCCUCCCCUUGUCCCCCUCCCUUGUCCCAGUGUCUCCCCCCUUUCUCCCAUAGUGUCCCCCUCCCCUUGUCCCAUAGUGUCUCCUCCUCCCCUUGUCUCAUAGUGUCCCCUUGUCCCAUAGUGUCUCCCCUCCUUUCUCCCAUAGUGUCCCCUCCCCCCAUGUGUCUCCCCUUGUCCCAUAGUGUCUCCACCCCUUCCCUUGUCCCAUAGUGUCUCCCCCUCCUCCCCUUGUCCCAUAGUGUCUCCCCCUCCUCCCCUUGUCCCAUAGUGUCUCCUCCCCUCCCCUUGUCCCAUAGUGUCUCCUCCCCUUGUCCCAUAGUGUCUCCCCCUCCCCUUGUCCCAUAAUUACUUACCUGUCUUGGAGCGUGGGCCGGCUUCACAGCGCGCUCCGCGGUCCAGGAACUUCUAUUUUAGGUUCCGGUUUCCGGCGGGACUGAAAGGAAGUGUGCACACUGUGCACUUAUUUUCAGUCCUGCCGGAAACCGGAACCUGAAAUAGAAGUUCCUGGACCGCGGAGCGCCCUGUGAAGCCGGCCCACGCUCCAAGACAGGUAAGUAAUUCUUCACAUUCGCUCCAUAAGACGCACAGACAUUUCCCCUCACUUUUGAGGGGAAAAAAAGUGCGUCUUAUGGAGCGAAAAAUACGGUACGCCUCUGAGCCGAGUUAUGUUAGUGGUGCACAAGUCAGUUGUAGUGUGCCGAAAUCGACAUUCGGGUAGGCCUGUAAAAAGAGGGCAAAUAGUUAAUAGCUUGAUAGUGUAUACAUUAAGCAAUCAGUAUUUUACAUUUUAUCAGAAUUUAUAACCAUACCUGAAAGAGAAAAUUUGUUAGUGAGGGAUACUCUAUAAAACCAAGAUACUGGCUGACCUAUGUUAUGCCAGGUUGCGGAACAAUGAAGCUAAAUUGGUGACUUGGGAACCUAACUAGUUGCCAAGUGGCGAUUAGAGGCUCUACCUAGGAUUUGGCCCGUUGGGUUUGCCAAAAAGUGUUGUGGCGGGGUGUUGGCCUCUCGGUGAGGACUAAAGAGAUUUAAAAUAAAUUGGCCAUGACAGGUGAGGCCCUAACUGCUUUUGCCAAGAGGACAGAGAUGCAAGGCAGUAACUAUGAUUUGGCCUGGGGGCAAAUACCUCCGUAGUUGAGGAUGGGAGUUGGCCUCGCGGGACAGCUAUUUAAUGGCACAAGAAGCCAAAAACUACUUAUGGCCACUUAGGCUACUCUAACAGCCAGACCAAGCUAAUGAUAAGUUCUGUAGAGCAAGUGGUUGUUGUAAGAAGGGAGGUAGUAUCGUAAAGCGAGUCACUUGCGUGGUGACUUGAAAAACGUAAAUGCAAAACAAUAAAUGUGGCAUGAGUAGACAUACACCUAGCAGAUGAAUGAAAGCUAUGCUGGAAAUUGAUGCUAAAAAUAGGUGAAUAGAAAGUGGAGGGCAAAAGAAAAUGUUUACAGAGAUACAAAACUGAAAUCCCACCUGAAAGUGUGACACCAAAGAACCUAGUGUUCAUAAUUCAGAACUACAACACCAAUGGAAAUGCAACAGAGAGUUUGCAGGUAAGUUAGGUAAAGCAAGUGCAAUGGGCUCAGAACACAAAAUACUCUAUUAAUAUAUGUUACCAAACUAACCAACGGAAAUUCAAUAGUGUAAUACAUGACUCAGUUGACCAUACAUGCAAAAAUACCCACAGAUAUGCAACAGUCAGUAUGAAGUAUUUAUAUAUAUAUAUAUAUAUAUAUAUAUAUAUAUAUCAAAAGUACAAUGCAGAUGCCUAAAAUACUUAAAGGACCACUCUAGGCACCCAGAACACUUCAGCUUAAUGAAGUGGUCUGGGUGCCAGGUCCUUCUAGGGUUAACCCAUUCUUUUAUAAACAUAGCAGUUUCAGAGAAACUGCUAUGUUUAUGAAUGGGUUAAGCCUUCCCCCAAAGCCUCUAGCGGCUGUCUCUAGCGGCAUUCAGCCGACGGGGAGGAUCGGAGGAGGAGAGCAGGAGGAGAGCUCCCCGCCCAGCGCUGGAAAAAGGUAAGUUUUUACCCCUUUCCCCCUUCCAGAGCCGGGAGGGGGGGGGACCCUGAGGGUGGGGGCACCCUCAGGGCACUAUAGUGCCAGGAAAACGAGUAUGUUUUCCUGGCACUAUAGUGGUCCUUUAAGCUUGUAUACAGACACUAAGCUACAGCAGAAUAUAAACAUUUCUUUAUUACCAGAUCUUAGAGUGGCCGGGCUUAAUGUAUGAAUAUUCAGAGAUAUAGCUGAUAUCCAGGGUAGAAGAAAGCAGAGUAAACGUUAGGCAAUAUUAGGGACAGACGCAAGGCAAGCAAGUUGCUGAUGUGUCAUUAGAGCAUUUGUUCAUGCAUGACAAAUUCAUUGGAGCUCUGGGGUCUGCCAUUCGUACUUAGGAACAAAUGCAUAUAAACAGACGCAUACGAGCAAUGUGAGGCAUCCAAAGCAAUGUCACAGCAGUAAGUUUUAAUUAAACUUUGAUAUUUAAAAUCACACGGACACUUUCAGUGACACAUGCAAAACCUCACUGACACACAAACCAUAAAUACUUAGACACAUCAUGACACACAAUCUGGCACAGACAUACACUGAUUCACAAUUCCACCCAUUAACCCACAUUACACUGACACAUGCAGUCAAUUAAACACACACAUACACUGACACACACACAGCCACUGCCACGUACACGACCCACAAACACAGAAACAUUUAUUGACACAAGCUUACUGACACUCAAACACACACACAGACAUAUACUGCCUUUACCAACAGCUGCACGGAUGCUUUCCUAGGCCUGAAAUGGAUCUUCAUAUGAGCCCCAUCACUCCCUCUCAAUGCAUAUAGUCUCAGCCGCCAUGGUCUGAUGUCAUGUACCUCGGCAGCCUUAGCUCUGUGCAUCAUGAGAAACUAGCUGCUGUCGCUCCUCACAAAUCUGACCAAUAGUGAGAACACUUGGGGGAAAAAGAUGGUUCAGUCAUACUGGACUUUUACAUCAAGAGAGUUUAGUACUUCUCAGAACAAAAAGAGGAUAUAAAUGGAUCUGAGCAAACAUCAGUCCUAGUGCACUCUAUGUUAUGUUUCAUUUUUUCAUAUUUUUUUUAUUUAUCUUAAUACAUAUGUUUCAGUAAAUCUACUCAGAAGUUGAUGCUGCUAAUCUUACAUAAAAUAGGUUUAGGGAUUUCUGACAUUGAUUCAUUUUUAAUUAACUAUUUCCUCCAUCAAUUCCCCCAGGGAGCAGUGAGCUGCAGUGUACAGGCUCUGAGACCGGGCCCUCAGAAGAAUCCCUAAUGGCUGUUUUUGAAAAAAAAGCUCUUCGUCCAACACUGAACUACAGUCGUCCAACAAGUGUGAACAUCUCUUUCACACUCUAUGCUGUUUUAGGAGUGGUGAGGAAUAUGGUUGAUAGGGUGUGUCUGAGUUGACCUGAAUGUCUUAAAGAGAUACUCCUUGCACUAGGAUUGCUGGAUGAACCGCCCUGUUUGUCUCCCUUCAAUUUAAUGUAUAGUUCAGCAACAAAUGUUCUAUGACCAGGGGCUUUUUUAGACUUUAGCAAAACUAAUACACUGUUUGCCAGGGUGAUUUAUUAAAGUGAGAACUAUUGAAUAUUCAAAGAGAAUUUCAGAUUUUAGCCAUAGAAGCUGAAUUCCAAUGUAAAUGGCCUUAAAUGUAAAUCCACCCUGUAAAUGUAAAAUCUUACAUUUUCACAAACCUUUGCAAAAAACUGCCACUAUGUCGAACUCAUAUUUUAUGUAACAAGUAAACACAUAAUGUUGUCAGUUUAUUCUGACACUUAUUAUUCAUUUAUAGUAAAAAGAGACAGUUUUUACCUGUAUAAUUAAGUUAUUGAUUAUACCAGAGCGUUAUUUAUGAAACUAAAAAGCAGGUAUAUAAAUAGAGCAAUCGACUUACUGUGAAAUUUACACUGGAUCUUAUAUACACAUGGCAUUUAUUGCUAUUCCUUCUGUUACACUUAUUUUGAUUGCCCUUUUAGUAAAAAAAAAUUGAAAAAAAAUACAAAGUGGAAAUCACAAUUUGAGCUUAAGAACUUUCAACUUGCAAAGAUAUUGGUGGGAAAAGGGCUUAUUAUUGUGCGUUUUAAAGACAUAAAGACACCAGUUUGUGAGUCUUUCCAUUUAAUAUCUGUAAUAAUGGCUUUUCCUUUCUAGAAUGAGAAAAGUCAGAUUCUGACGACAUUUCUAUGGCUGCGUUUGGUGAGUUACAAAGUCAGCCCUGUGAAUCAAACUCUAGAAUAGAUCCUAAAACCUAUCAAAGCCUUCUGCAAAUUUGUUGAAGACAACUAUUAAUAGUGAAAGAAAGUUAAAAGCCUGUAACUGAUAUCUAAUUAAAAACAUUUCUUACUUAAAUAUUCAAAAAAAGACUAAUGGAACUAAGACCACAAAACUGUGGCAUUUGGCGGUUAGAAAGUAUUCGAGCCAGAAAAUGAUCUAGAUGCCAGUAAUGAGUCUGUCUCCAGGAAACUAUGAAUCAUAUCUUUAAAAGCUGUGUUUUAUGCUUAAAGAAACAAUACACAUCUUCCAAGACUAUAUACCACAUUGUGAUUUUUCAGGAAUUCAAAGCAAAUUUUAAGUGUGAAAACAUGAUAUAUUGGUUUUAAUAUAUAUAUAUAUAGUGAAGUGCUUACAAUUAAUAAUCAGGGUAAUAAAGCUUACCCUCCUAUUAUAGAGAUAAAAUGGGGGGAUAUACAUCGAUGGACAAUAUGAAAAGCACAAAUACAGAGAGAAAUACAGUGCAGAUGGUACUGAAUGUGUUUAAGUAAUGUGAACAGUAAUUAGAAUCACUCACAUGGGCAUGAGCCUGACAAUGCUGGCUCAGUAGAUUGCACCUUUAUGUUCUUUUAGGCAGAUUCACAACGCCGUUUGAUGAGAAAGUUGUUCUCCAAAUAUUAAAAGAAAAGAAACAAUUAAUAGUGUAGCUUGUAUGGGGCUUAUUCACUUCACAACUACUGUAUCUGCUGGGAUAUGCACCAAUAUGGCAGUUUAUAUAUAUAUAUAUAAAUAUAUAAAAUUAUUCUUAUUUCUUUUUAACUUUACAAUUAAAAAGCCACAAAAUAAACAUAGGAAGGAUGUUAGGUUUUAGGGUAGGUGCAAAGUAAAGUCAAAUUAGUUUAGGAAUACCGAAGAUUUAGGGUUAGGGGGCAACUUCUAAAUGCUGUACACUGUAACCCCUUUUAUUCUCAGCCAGACAGAUUAUUUAAUUCUAUUAUAAUUACAUGGGUAAGACUUUCUAGCUUAGACAAACAUAACCUUCUCAUACUGCCCUAUUCUUUUGUAUAAACGUUUGGAAUUUCGGUGAUUAGUUUUGGCAGAACGAGCUUCUAACCUGGAUUCCGGAUAAAUGUGGAUCAGUAGAGAAGAUUUCGCUGCCAGUGGAAAACAUGUGGUCCCCGGAUAUUAUUGUCUAUGAAUUGUAAGUGGUAAAUGCAAAUUUACAAGCAUGAACAUCUUUCUUGUGUAUAUUUAUAAAUGGACAGGGAGUAAUAACUUGACAGCCUGUUAGAAGGCUACAGGGUGUGUAAGCUCUAUUGAUCCAGAAGUAAUCUGUGAUACUUAGAAGAAAAAAAAGAAAGAAAAUUAAAUAUCACCAUGUCACUGGGUAUAAUAUGGUGUGAACAUUGUAGUGAACUAUUUACCAUAUAGAACCAUGACGUAUACACCUUUUUUAACACAAAUACAUACAUUGUGUACUUAAUAAAUCUGUUAUUUCACAAGCCAAGUCAAUAUCCAAUAUAUGAGACAGCAAAGAUAUACCCCAUGAAAAAAUUGAUUAUAUUAUUUUUCUAAUAAAACAUAAUAAUACCUAAAAUGUAUUUUGUAUUAUCUUUAUUCCAGUAUAGAUGAGGAUAAGUUCCAGCGCACACCGUUCACAUAUGUUAAUCACACCGGCCGUGUACGCUAUGACCGUAUGAUGCGAGUGGUCAGCUCUUGUAACCUUGGAAUCUUCAACUUCCCAUUUGAUGUCCAGAACUGCUCGCUAACCUUUGGCUCUUAUAUGCAUACAGGUACUAACGAAUUACACAGAAAAUUUAAAAAAAAAGGCAUUUUUUAAAGAAAUUACACAGAAAAACAGUUAUUGGUAAUUAUAAUGAAAUAUACGUAGCAGAUAGUCUCAUAGGAUUUACACUAAAAGAGUCGUCGCAUUGGAAUUAUAGUGAAAUGUGUGUGGCUGGAAGUCACACAUUUAAUUCGAAAAUUGAAACAUUAGCACCGAAGAGUAGUAGUUAGCAACCCAGUCUCUAAAGCACAUCAGCCAUCCAAAAUGCAGAAUAUACUGUGAGCCACACAGUUGAACUACAAAUUGUAUGUUUGUGAAAACCACUAUAUGAUUUGCACAUAUGUAAAUCAAAUUAAUAAUAAACAAAAUUACACAGAGUACCAUCUCUACCCGUCUUCUCAUUACAGUGAAAGAUGUGCGUCUUGGGCUGGCUCUACCUGUUGAACAGAUUAUGACAAAUUCAUUGAACUAUUUGGAGACCAGUGGCGAGUGGGAACUUCUGAGGAUAGAAGGUGCCCCUGAUGUCCUGAAAUUUGGUGCUGAUGAAUGGGAUAUAAUAACAUUUUGGGUGAGGAACAGUCAAAGUAAGGUUUAUUGAGGCUAGGGUGGCGGGGAGGGGGGGCAGGGUUGAUGGAGUAUUAGUAUAUUAAGGGAAUAAAUCAUAGAAUGAAAGUGGAACAUAUUAAAAUGUGCCUCUUUUAAAAAAUGUUUAAAAAAUGUUAUGCUGCACAGUGCACAUUUUCUUUUUAAUUUUGCCAGGUGGUGAUUAGGCGUCGCUCGGUACUCUACGUUGUAAACUUGCUCAUUCCCAGCGCCUUCCUAAUGCUGAUUGAUAUUCUGAGCUUCUAUCUCCCACCACACAGCACAGACCGGGCUUCCUUCAAGAUGACUCUUCUGCUGGGAUACACAGUGUUCCUUCUCAUUAUGAAUGAUCUGUUGCCAAGUACAGCUAAUGGGACCCCUCUGAUUGGUAAACUCGUGCUCACAGGUUACACACACAUACACACAGCUGCCUACAACAAAUACAGGAUGUGAUGAAUCAGACUACAAAUAUCUUACAGUUAAUUGGUUAACUGUUGCAUUAAAGGAGCACUAUAGGGUCAGGAACACAAACAUAUAUUUCUGACCCUAUAAUGUUAAAACCGCCAUCUAGUCCCCCUGGCCCUCUCUUGCCUCCCUAAAUAUAAUAAGAUCUUACUUGUAUUCAAGCCUGAAGCUGCUGGCUCUGCCCCUGUCUGCCUCAGAAUAGCAAGCUGUCUGCUGACAUCAUCAGAAGUGUUGUUCUGAGUCAGUCACAAUUCUUCCCCAUAGGAUUGUCUGAGACUGUGAAAGAGGCAGAUCAGGGGCAGAGCCAGUACAAGUCAAACACAGCCCUGGCCAAUCAGCAUCUACUCAUAGAGAUUAAUUGAAUCAAUGAAUCUCAAUGAGGAAAGUUCAGUGUCUGCAUGCAGAGGGAGAAGAUACUGAUAUGUUGUGAUGCACACUAGGCAAGACUGAGAUAGGAAGCAGCUCUAGCAGCCAUCUAAGGAGUGGCCAGUGAAGUUAUCAUUAGGCUGUAAUGUAAACACUGCAUUUUCUCUGAAAAGACAGUGUUUACAGCAAAAAGCCUGAAGUUAUGAGUCUACUCACCAGAACAAAUUCAAUAAGCUGUAGUUGUUCUGGUGGCUAUAGUCGGGCCGUCUUUAAAGGGGGGCAAAAGGGGCAGCUGCCCCGGGCCCAGUUACUCCUGGGGGCUCAAGGUAGCUGCCCCAUGGGCACCCUGCCAGCAUCCAAACCCUGUGCUCUGCGGCACCUGAUGUAAUCAGGGACCUAGCACUUUAAGAGUGCUCCGGCUUGGGCCCCUUUCAUGUUGCCUGCUUGGAGGAAGUCUGGUGAGAUCACUUCCUCCAAAUAACAGAGUGCCGCUUGGGAGGUGAAGGAGGCAUACACAGGAGGAGGAAAGGGACUGAGGAAGUCAGACUCCCAUCAGCCUUGGCCAUCCAUCUCCCACUGGACCCCAGUGAAGCCACCCUUUGAUAUAAUUGAUAUAUGUGUGUGUACCUGGGUCUGAGUCAGUGCAUCUGGCCAUAUGUGUGUGUUUAUCUGGCUCUUGUUGUCUGUAUCUGGCUGUGGUGUGUGUGUGUAUCUGGCUGUGUUUGUGUCAGUGUGUAUCUGGCUUUGUGUGUGUAUUUGGCUGUGUUUGUCAGUGUGUGUAUCUGGCUAUAUAUGUCUGUGUAUGUGCAUCUGUGUGUAUGUGUUUCUGUGUGAAUGUAUACCUGUGUCUGUGUAUGUGUACCUACGUGUGUGUGAGUGUGUGCGUAUAUAUAUAUAUAUAUAAAAUACAGAAUCCAGCGCACUCGCUUAUUCACUAAACAAUGAUUUCAAAUCUUAGAGAUUGUAAGAGUUUUAUUUAAAAACUCCUCACCUAGACAAAAAAUAAUGUGGGUUUAUAUAUUGCAUAAGCCUACCACAACGUCAAUGUACCCCAUUCUUGGCAGGUCAUAUUCUAGCAGCCUAAUGCCUGCUCUUAUGAGAUUAAUCCACUUACUUGGGAAAUACUUCCUUACUGGGACUCUCUGCAAGUCAAGGCUAAAUAGGGUCCUGGAAUGAGGCACCUGUGACAGGGAGUGGUGCAAAACAGCCAACUCCUUGGUUUUGCACCCCUCUCUGUCACAGGUGCCAGAGCAUGGGUAUUUUGUCAUCACCAAUGACAAGCAUGCUCCCUCUUAAAAUGAACAUAUUGGUUCAGUGCUCUUCCAGUGGUAUUUGUGGUGUAAAAUGUGUUGCUAGGGGUUGUUGAGAGUGUGUAGCAAGCAUGUGCAUAGGGACUGUAAUGUAUGUGUGUGGGGACUGUAGAGAGCAGGCCCGGACAGCCUCUAGAGUAGCUUCCUGGCCUUUCACAGAGUUUGACUAUGGGGAAGUCCUAUGAGCAUGCGGCACUCUUCGGGCAUGUGCAUCAGGUCCACCCCAUCUGCUGAAAAAUGUAUUUAAUCCUUUAAGUUUUUUUGUUUUGUUUUUUAACCAGAGGAACUAUAUUCCUAACAUUAAUGUUUUCCUUUAAUGUGAUUUGGCAGUCAGGUAGUCAUUAAUCUGUCACAGUUCAUUGUCACUCAUAUUUUUUUGUCUGUUUUCAGGUAUUUACUUUUCAGUGUGCUUGGCUCUGCUUGUUCUCAGUCUGUUAGAGACAGUAAUAAUCACUCACGUUCUACAUCGUGGAACGUUGCAGAGCGGAUCUGUGCCAUCUUGGGUCAAAAGCCUUGUGUUAGGAUACAUUGCUCAGCUCAUCUGUUAUCGUGUCACAGUUAUUCCUAACUCUGCUUCAUCCAAUAACCAUGUCCCACCCACAAGCAGCAAGAAUUAUACACCAAAACCUCCACCAUCCAACAACUUCCAAGAAAAUGGCAGUAACAUAGGUAAGAUCUUGGCACAGAGUAGUUCCUGGUAAGAAAGGUUGUCAAAAAAAUACAAGGAUCUCAAAAUAUCAUAAUAAACCUAUUCACUAAACUGAAUAUUUUGUAACCAUGUCAGUAGUUGUAUUAUAAAUAAUUAGAUGUAGGUUUGUAAUUUACAUCUAUAAUCAGUUGCUGACCUUGUUAGUUUGAAAAAAAAUAGCAGCACGUGAGUAACUGUAUUUUAAAGGUGAAUCAUAAUCAGAUUAUAUCAGUUAUGGUCAGUACUCAAAGUAUAAUAAACUGCUACAAUCCAGAAGGAAAAAUUUCAGUCAUCUAAAUGGUCUUUAACUUUAAAAGACCAAAAUAGAACAUUCCAAUCAUUCUGAAAAACAGGUUCUACAGAGCUGCUAUUGCGAAUUAAACAGGAUACUCCACCCGGGAACAAGGAGUGAGCUAUUUCAAGGCAAAAGAACAGUUGCAACAUUCAGCACUUUGCACUCAAAUUAGCACCAGUUUUGCCUUGAUAAUUCUCCCUCGUUAUCUGUUGGGACUAAACUAUAAUGAUAGCAAAGAAUUCCAGAUGAUCUAUCAUUAAAACAAUAAAGUGAGAUAGCAUAAAGAUCAAAAUAAACACAUGUAAUUAAUCAUAGAAUGAUUGUAGCAGAGCUCCCUGUACCCCGGUUGGGUACCUCCGCCAAGGAUCGCUUCCUAGCUGAACCGGGGAAAACCUCAGUGCUUCGGCUCCAGUCGCCGCUUGACUGGGGUCCUCCUGGAGCCUCUCCGUCCUCGAACUAUUCCCUCCCAGGGACUGGAAGACACAUUGCCUCUGGGAGCUAUAGUCCUUUCAAGGACUUUCCAUGCUGAAUCCUCCACAAGCUGCAACAAGGUGCUGAGAAGUGAGCCCUUUCCCCUCCCAGUAACUAAACAACAUAUAGUUCUGUGAGUUCAACAGAUUUUAAAUGAGUCAAACUCUGCCUUUAAUGCACAGACCCCAACAUGGGUUCUCCAUUGUAUUCAACACAAACCCCUCACAAGAAUCUCUGGGCCUGGGAGAAAAUUGGGUUAAAGAACGGUAAGCUAAUUAUCUCCCAGGAACAGAGAGUCAAACACAAAAAUAUAAAAACAUAAAAGUACCCCAAAACAUAAUAAAAACAUACAAUAACCCCACAAAUAAUAUAUCCUCAAAUAACCCUGAUUUGAGUGCCAAAAUUCUCCAAAUAGCGCUCAGAUCCAUGCAGUAUAGGGGAAACGCCACCGUGUUAAAGUUUUGACCAGCCGCACAUGUAGUCCUAUACCCAAAAUAGUUCCUGGGCGUUUGGUGCUUUUGCCGGUCAACUUUCGGGAGCUCCUGCGUCCGAAAUGUGUGGUGCUCGUUUGGCUCUCAGGUAGUGUUUGUUCCUCUUAGUCUCAGGCACCUUCCCUCCAAAAAAGCAAAACGUUCGUGGGAAGGAGUGUUUGUCACAGUGAUUAACCAUGUAACCCUUAAAGGAACACUAUAGUGUCAGGGAUACAAAAGUGUAUUCCUGACACUAUAGGUCUACUUAACUGUUUAGUUACCCUACUAAUCAGUUUUGUACAUUUAUUUAAUACAAUAACCAUUGAAAAGUUAUAGUAAAAAUAAGUUAUGCUGAUGCUGAGAAUUUGCAGGUUAAAUUACCCCUUUCAGUAAUGCUAAAAAUAUAUGUAUCAUGGGUCAAAAUAAGUUCUGAUUCUGCUGGACCAGUUAUCAGAUGAUGAAAUCCUAGUCAAUUAUGAGAUUGAGCGAUGAAGAGUUAUAUUCAAAUCUCUGUAGAAAUCGCAAGACUUAUAUCUAGAACAUAAGUCUUUUGUUAGAUGUAAGUCUUAGUAAGAUGUACUUACAAGAGAGACAAACUAUGGUAACCUUCAUAAAGCAGAACAGAAACUCAUCACUUUUCUCUGUGAGGAGAUCAGAUCCUUAUUUAAUUGGCAUGUGACCUUACACUGCUCAGCAUCUUAACUUGUUAUGCCAAUAUUCCAGACUUCCCUUUUACUGACUGUUUCCAGUGUACUCCUCUCUACACAGCUGGUCAGCCUCUUUACAUACAUAUUUAAUAUCUGUAUAUUUCUAAUGUCUAAUAGAGACAUAGGAAAUGUAUGGCUGGUAUAAAUGUCCUUUAUAGAGUUAGGUUUUCUCCUUGCUCUCUUUGACUGCAUAGUUUGUAUUGUCUUUUUUAUUUUUUUUAUUUACUUGUUGUUUCUACCCUCAUACCUCAAUACCAGAGCUGCCUCCUCCAGAUGCUUUGUCCCCUGGUCCCGAGAGACAAUUAGAAAUGAUCAGUCAGAAUCUUCACUUUAUCAAGGAGGUGAUGGAGAGCAAAAACCAUCUGCAAGAACAAGAAGAAGAAUGGAUACAGAUUGGAUAUGUUUUAGAUUCUCUGCUUUAUCGUCUCUACCUUAUCUUCAUUGGAUCCUAUGCCAUCAUCAUUAUCUGUGUGUGGUGUGUCUGGUUGAACAUAUAA